AUGAGCAAAAAUGCAGCUGGAAAGAAUAAUGUUGUCAAAGGAUUUGCGCAAUAUAUACGUGAGAUACAGUCUGCAGGAAGAAAUGACGCAGAAAAGAUGAUUUUCCUCAUUACUAAAGAUAAUGCAGAUGAUGGACCUAGAGCUAUUUCAACACGUGUUAAAAAUGAUGGCACUGUUAUCACUGCUAUUGCUGUUGGAAGUCAACCUGAUGAUAAGAUACUGAAUAUGUUAGCCUCGAGGAAUGAUCGAAGAGUGCGAUUGCCAAAUUAUCGAGCCUUCAGAGAUAGAACUUUUGUUAAUAGUGUUGUUAAGGAUAUUGAAUGUCGUCCUAAAGGAGGUGGCUUGGGAGAACCUAGUGUCAGAACAACCACAGAAAGCAUUGUUACAAGUCCUACUUUACCAAGCACUGUACGAUCAAAAUCUCCAUCAAAACCCAAAAGAGUGAGAGCAACUACAGUCAAUUCAAACUCGAUAACAGUGCAGUGGGAGGAAGAGGAGGAUACUAAAAUCUACAAUCUCAAAAUAUUCUAUUUCGGGAACCCGGCAAAUCCUGAAGCUCCAGUAACAGCAUUUGAAUAUAAUUUAACAUCGCCUUACAAAGAAGUAAAACCAUUGUUACCUGGCAGUAGUUACUCAAUAAUAGCAACUAAUCUUCGUGAUGGAGAUGCAUCGGAAUUUAUUGAAAUUUUUGAAACUACGGCACCUUCACCUAUUGCAUUAGAGCCAACCCUCAUUGGCCCUAAAAAUGUUGUGUUAAGUUUCUACUCUCUCAGUGGAAAUGCUGAAGAAUAUAUAAUAUCAAUCGCAUCGAAAGAUCAGCCUGAUAUACCAUUAAAAACUAUUCUUGCUUCCGAAAGUGCAGACGCGGUUAUAUUUGAAGAAUUAGACACCGACCAAGAGUACAUUGUCUCAGGUUAUGCUAGGAGUGGGACGAGGAAUGGAAAAACUCAAACAAUAACUGUGAAAACUCGACCAGCACCUUUGAUGAACAAACCAAAAAUAGAUAUGGAUUGGAAGACAGCUACACCAUUUAGAUUUGAUAAAUACACAUUCCUUGUCACUGUUACACCUGUAUCGGCUGCUUUAAAAAUAACUGAGCGACCUGAUGAUAAUGCUUUAUAUUAUGAGAUAAGUGUUGUAUCAUCGAAUGGAGAAGUCCGAAGUAGAUCAUAUCUGAGACCAGAGGAAGACACUUUUCAAACCAACACAAUUUUAACACCUGGUGAAGUAUACACUUUGCUCGUAACUCCUAUCACAGCUGAAGGACCAUUAACAGAAAUGGAUUCACAAUUCACAACCCCAACGUUGACAAGACCUUAUAACGUACGAGCAACAAAUAUUACCACGGAUUCCUUCAAUAUUGCGUGGGAUCCUGACAAUUAUGCAAAUGUUUAUUCCGUUAAAGUCAUUUAUCUUGGUUAUGGUGAUGACGGAGGAGAAGUUGUUGUUUACGAAAGCACUGGUUUGAAUAAUCCUGACAUUGAUGUCAAGGGACUUCCAUCCGGUGGAAAGUUUAGAAUUGAAGUUGCCAACAGAGCAAAUGGUGCAACAUCGAGAACAACAUCUAUUGAGGAAACUAUAUAUCCAGCACCUUUAGCCAGUUUAGAGCAACUAGGAAGAAAUUUGGACAAUGUUCGGAUGACAUUUAUUCCUGGACCUGGUGAUGCAGAUCAAUUUAUAUUCACAAUUACCGAAGAAAAUAAUCCUACUGUUGUGUUAAAAACUGUUACGGUAUCGUUGCCAGAUGACAGGGAUAUAAACAACAUUGUCUCAUUUACUAACUUAUCCCCUAAUAAAAAAUUUAUCGUCACUGGAUAUGCACAACGUGGAGAUCUUAGAAGUUCAGAAACUACUAGUCCAGCUCAAACAGAAUCAGCUGGUGCUCCAACAAAUCUUCGGGUAGAGGACAAAACCACAUCAUCAUUUGUCAUUAAAUGGGAUAGAGAUGACAGCGCUGAUUCAUAUUACCUGCAAGUCUUCCGUCUUGGUGAGGAAGGGCAAUUCAGAAUAUAUGGCAACAAUGGUCUGACAGAACCACAACAAACACUGGAUAGACUAACACCUGGAAGAACAUAUAGGAUACAGCUUGCUAGUGUUCGCAGAGGAGUAACUUCAGAUACAACAACUAUUGAGGAAACUGUCGAUCUCAUACCACCUCAAAACUUAAGACUUCAAGAAGUUGGAGAGGAUUAUAUCAUUGUCAGAUUCGACAUUGCACCUAGUUAUUUUGACGGUAUUACCUUUCAACUUGCAUCUAAAGUAUUUCCGGAUUCUAUUAUUGACGGCACAACGGUAAAAGUAGUUGAUGGGAAAUACAAUCCUUUGGUUAGAUUUUCUAAUCUUGAACCAGGAACAGAAUACCUCAUUACCGGAUUUUCUUAUGUUGAAGGAUAUGAAAGUGAACCAGUAACAUUGGAGGUCCAGACUGAACAACCUCCACCACGCCCAACUAACGUUCGAGUGGAUGAUUUGGCAACAACUUCAUUUACUGUUAGAUGGGAUGAACACGAAGAUGUUGAUCUGUACUCAUGUGAAGUAUUCUUUGAGCCACAGCCUGGUGUAAUAGGCACUCGUGGUAGAGUAUAUCGCAAUACUGCACUUGAAUCACCAGAAGUUAUUUUGACUGAACUUACUCCCGGAGCUCGGUAUACGAUUGUAGUUGCUAACAUUGUAGGACGAAGAACAUCUGAAACUGUUGAACUAUCAGAAAGAACAUAUCCUUUGCAGCUGAAAAGUUUCGAACAAACUGGUGAAGGUUUUGAUUUUGUCAGAUUACAAUUUCUACCUGGAGAAGGAGUUGUUGAUGAUUUCACAUUCACUAUUGCACGAGCUGAUAACAUAGAAACAAUAUUAGAAUCUACAAGGGUUGACAUUAUAAAUGGAAGAGUGAACAAUGUUGUUACAUUUAAUGGUUUAUCUCCUAAUACGCAAUAUGUUGUAUCUGGAUAUUCAACAAGUGGAAAUAAGAAUAGUGCAGUAACCAAUAUCAUGGCCAAAACAAGAGGUGAAUUAGCCAGCCCAUCUAAUCUACGCAUUGAAGAUGUUACAACUAAUUCUUUUACUGUCAAAUGGGAUGAAGCAGAUAAUGUUGGUUUCUACUUUGCCGAAAUUUUCUUACUGGGCGAAGAUUCGAGUCAACGAGUAUUCUUCACUAAUGCAUCAAAAUUACCUGAAAUAAAAUCACCUCCUUUAACACCUGGUGGAAGAUAUAGAAUUGAUGUUGCAAAUAUUGGUGGUGGAAGAAUGUCGGACAAAAUGAGCAUUGAAGAAACAACAACUCCGAUGCCGAUACAAAAUCUGAGAAUUUUAAAUCUGAAUACUAAUUCUGCAUCAAUUACAUUCGAUGUUUUACCUGGAAUCGUGGAUUCAUUUGAUAUAAGAAUUGCUCUUAAAGAAGUUCCCGAUUUACCUUUUGAAUUCAAAGAGGUUAAAGUUGAGAAUGGCAGAGUUAAUGCACUGGUUAGAUUUUCUGAUCUUGAACCUGGAAGGGAAUAUGAAGUGACUGGAAUUGCGAAAAGUGGAGAAUCAGAAAGCAGACCCGCAAAAAUUCAAUUUAGCACAGAUAUAUCUACUCCAGCACCAAUCAAUGUUCGAGUGGAUGAUGUGGAAACAACUUCAUUUACUGUUCGAUGGAAUGAACAAGAUGAUGUGGAUUUUUAUUCUUGUGUUGUUUUCCUCCUGCCACCCCCAGGCAGUUUAGGAGCACCUGCUCCAAUAUAUAGUAACUCACAACUGAGUUCGCCGGAAGCGAUCAUUACUGGUUUAACCCCUGGUGCUCGUUAUGGAAUUGAAGUCGCAAAUAUUGUUGGAGAUAAAACAUCUGGAAUGGUAGAUUUGGAACAACGCACCAAUCCUUCCCCAUUGGAAACUUUGGAACAAAUCGAUGAAGGGUUUGACUAUGUCACUCUACAGUUUCUACCAGGAGAUGGAAUUGCAGACCAAUUUACUUUCAAUAUUGCCCAAGCAGAUGACUUAAAAACAUUACUGGAUUCAAAAAGGGUUGAAGUUUCUGCUGGUCGUUUCAACAACAGAGUGACAUUCAGAGGUCUAGCCUUCAAUACCCAGUACGUUGUUACUGGAUAUUCAACAAGUGGAGAUCAAAGUAGUACACCAACAAACACAAUUGUCAAAACAGAUGGUGAAGUUUCUGCUCCAACCAACCUUCGAAUUGAGGAAAAGAAAUCAAAUUCAUUCACCCUCAAAUGGGAUGAAGCUGAGGGCAUUGAUUUUUACUAUAUAGAAGUAUUCUUACUCGGAGUUAAUAAUUCGAUCCAAAGAGUCUACUUCAACAAUGGGUCAAGAGUUCCAGAACUAGAAUUACUCUCUUUAAUACCUGGAGGAAGAUAUAGGAUUCAUGUUGCCAAUAUUGCUGGAGGAAGGCUAUCAAAGAAAAUAACCACUGAAGAAACACUUGAUCCAAUGCAAAUGCAGAAUUUGCGAAUUUUUGAUGUUGGAACUGAUUAUGCUUUAUUAACUUUUGAUGCAUCACCCGGAAUUGUAGAUUCGUUUGAAUUGACGAUUGCAGCAGAAGAACUUCCUGAUUUUAUAAUAAAAACAAAUGAGGUUAAAGUUGUUAAUGGUACUGUGAACGCAUUAGUUCGAUUUCCCGAUCUCAAUCCAGGGAAAUCGUACAUAGUAUCUGGAAUUGCAAAAAGUGGCCAGGCCAAUAGUUCACCAGCAACUUUUACAUUUACGACUGAAAAACUUUCACCCCGUCCUGGCAAUGUAAGAGUUGAAGACUUGACCUCAACAUCAUUUACUGUACGCUGGGAUGAACAUGAAGAUGCAGAAUCAUAUUCGGCUGAAGUUUAUCUCAUAACACCUUCUGGAGGACGUAGAAGAGUCUACGGAGGUUUUGGAUUGACGAGAUCUGAAGCCUUCAUUACUGGAUUGAAUCCAGGAUCUUUUUAUUCCAUAGAAGUUUCAAACAUUGUUGAUGGAAAGACAUCAGAAAUGGUUACGAUUAAUAAAAUAACAACUCCGAAUUCAGUGGCUAGCAUGACACAAGUUGGCAGCAGUCUCAAUAACAUAAGAUUUCUAUUUGUACCUGGUGAAGGCAGUGCUGACCAAUUCACAUUCAGUAUUGCCAGAGAAAAUGCACCAAAUGUUCAAAUUUUCACAAAAACAGUUGAUGUUGAAAACGGAAAAGUUAACAAUGUCAUUGUUUUUGAUAAUCUAUCACCUGAUACACAAUAUAUUGUUACUGGUUUCGCUACAAGUGGAAAUGUGAAUAGUGCAUCGAUGAGUGAACUUUUCAAAACAGUUGGAGAUGCACCAGAUCCAACAAACGUUCAACUAGUCGAUGUAACUUCCAAUUCAUUUACUGUGAGAUGGGACCAAGCUGAUAAUGUACAAUAUUACUUUUGUGAAGUGUUCUAUGUUCCAAAAGAAGGGGUGCCAGUACGAGUGUAUUUUAACAAUGGAUCUAGAGUACCUGACGUGCGGUUACCAAAUUUAUCACCAGGCGGAACUUAUCGUGUUGAAGUUGCUAAUAUUGGUGCUAAUGGGAAAAUGUCAAACAGAUUCAUCAUCACUGAAACUCUUGAACCUCCCUCAAUUCAAGAUCUACAAGUAUUUGAUGUUGGAGAUGAUUUUGUGACAAUUACUUUUGGAAUUUCUCCGGGUAUUUCAGACAGCUUUGAAUUUUCCAUCGCUCUCAGAGAGGACUCUAGUAGAACUUUGGACUUUCGUGAGGUUAAAGUGGCAGAUGGAUCUGUGAAUAAUUUGGUUAGAUUUCCAAAUCUCGAUCCUGGGAGAGAAUACAUUAUAACAGGAGUUGCAAAAAGUGGAAACAAAUCCAGCUCACCUGUAACAAUUGAUGUUAAAACUGAAACACCUCUUGGUUCUCCAAAAAAUCUCAGAAUAUUUGAUGUCACAUCAACAUCAUUUGUGGUGCAAUGGGAUCGAAUGGAUGGAGCUGACAGAUACCUUUGUGAAGUGUAUAGAAUUGAAAGUGGUGAAAAAGGAUCUCGAACAAGAAUGUAUUACAAUACGGGAUUGAGUGCUCCAGAAGCAUUAGUCACAAGAUUGAAGCCUGGUUCCCGAUAUUUUAUUCAAGUUGCAAAUAUACGAAAUGGUGAAACGUCUCCAAAGAUUUCUGCUCAAGAAACAGUCUAUCCAUUCCCUAUUCAAACACUUGCUCAAAAUAUCAAAGAACCAGAAAGAAUCGGACUUUUGUUCAGACCCGGAGCUGGUACAGCUGAGAAGUUUAUUUUUACAAUUGCAACUGAAAGCCAGCCAGAUAUUUUGAUUGAUACAAUUGAGGUAAAUGUAUUUGAAGAAACUGCAAAUAAUCAAAUUGAGUUCUUGAAUCUUCAACAAGAUACAAAAUAUAUUGUGACUGGAAUUGCUAUCAGUGGAAAAAGAAACAGUACAUCAGUGAAUAGUAAUGUAGAAACAGCCAAAGAGCUUACUGCACCAACUAAUCUAAGAAUUGAAAAUGUCACUACUGGCUCUUUCAUGGUAAAAUGGGAUUCAGUAGAAGGAGCCGAUUUUUAUUCAGUUGUAACUUCGCUCGAUGCAGAAACCGUACAACCACUACUUCAGGGAUCCAGCACUGGUUUUGCAUCACCAGAAUAUUUUGCUUCACAAUUGAUACCAGGUGGAAAAUACACAGUUGAGGUAUCAGCUAUACGUAAUGAUCAAACAUCUCCUAAGUCAACUAUUGAUGGAACAGUCAACCCAUCACAGAUUAAAAGUAUGAGGCAGAUAAUGGCACGUCCUACUGAAAUAGCGCUGAGCUACGAGAGUGGACCUGGUUUUGCAGAUGAAUUCAUAUUUGAAAUAGCUGCUGAUGAUGAUCCCGAUAUAAUUUUAGGAAUGGAAUUAGUCAAGCCAAAUGAUGGAGCAGUAGUAUUUUCUUAUCUUGAACCUGACACUCAAUAUACUGUGAAUGGGUUUGCCAGGAGUGGUGACAAAAUUAGUAAACGUCUCCCUCUGGAUGUUAAUACAGUACCAGAUGAACGUCUGCCACCCACACCAACGAAUCUUCGAGUUACAAACGUUACAUCUAACUCAUUUUUUGUUCGAUGGGAUGAACAUCCCGAUGUUGAGGUUUAUGCAAUCGAAGUCAUAUAUGAAGAGCCAGGCAAACAAACAAGAGUAUACAUAAGCACAGAGUUGAUAUCACCUUCAGUGAAUGUAACAAACUUGUUGCCUGGAGGAACCUACACAAUACGAGUUGCCAAUAUAGCAUCUGGAAAAUAUUCUUAUGGAAUGACCUCACUAGCAACACUAUUUCCUUCUCCAUUGAGUGAUGUCGAAGUAGUUGAUAUAACUUCGGAUUCAGUCGGUAUUAAAUUUAUACCUGGACCUGGACAAGCAGAUAGAUAUACUUUUACUGUAUCAUCCGCUGCGGAUCCUGAUGUUGAAGUGGAUUCUAUUGUGAAGCGUGUUAUUGAUCGUGGAGUGGAGAAUGUAGUCACGUUCAAUGUCUUACAGCCUGAAAGUACAUAUAAAAUUACUGGUUUUGUUGAAAAAGGUGAUCGCAAGAGUUCAAAUACAACCAUCGAAGUUACAACAGCCCCAGAAGAUGACACAGUUAUAAAAGCAAAAUAUUAUCUGAAUCCACCACGACACAUUCGAUAUCACAGAGUAACCAGUAGUUCCUUUGGUGUUCAAUGGGAUUGGGAAGAGGAAGCGAAGAAAUAUCACAUCGAAGUGCGGUAUCUGGGUGAUCCAGUGAAUCCAAUACAAGAAAAUGCUGAGUUAAUAUUCAGCAAAUCUAGCGAUGAACCAAGUUUUGAUGUAUUUGGUGACAAGUUUGUACCGGGGGGACUGUACAGUAUUAGUGUUUGGAAUGAGGGAGAAGGUGGAAAAUCAGCCACACGCUCAUUUAUAGAUACUUUACGCGCCCCACCGGUGAAAAAUUUGAUGCAAACAGAGACUGGUCCAAAUAACAUCACAGUUGAAUUUACAUAUGGGGAUGGGUUUUCACAAUCACAUACUGUGACAUUAACACCAUUCACUAAAUCCCGGGAUAUUUCGAAAGGUGGACAAACACAAACAGUCAAUUUGCCAACUAAUGACAGUUCUAAGGUAGAAAUUGUAAAGUUCUCAAACUUAAUACCAGGACAGUAUUAUACUGUGUUGGUAGUGGCCAAGAGCGAUGAAAGAAAAAGUGAUGCUGUGUCAAUCCUUGCAAAAUCAGGGGAACCACUUGAAAGCAUCAUUGUCAGACCAACACCAACUUCAACAGAAGUCACAUUCACAUCUCCGUACAAAACUGGACUCACCCAUUUUGUGGUCAGUUUCAGAAAUAUUAAUGAUGGUAAUGAUGAUGACGACCUACCAACUGAAUCUAUGAAAUACAUUCCAGGACAAACAACAUACUCAUUUGAAACUGGUCAGUAUUUUGUACCAGUCACUGGGUAUGUUGUAGAAGUUCAGCUUACUGGAAGAAUGGAAACUGUUUCAUUUAAUGAAACAUUCUACACAUUGUCUCUUGCUCCUCCAAAAAAUGUUCGAAUUGAUGAUUUAACAACGGAUUCCUUCAUUCUCACUUGGGAUGUUGAACCAUUUGCAAAAAAUUAUCAUUAUGAAGUAAAAUCUCGUGGCAGUCCUACCAGACCUGUAGAAGAUGAAAUUCCAAUAAUAGGAAAUUCAGAUACUCCACGCUUUGAAGUUGAAAAUCUCAUACCUGGAAGCAUAUAUUCAAUUAAAUCCACCAAUAACGCCAAUGGUGCUGACUCCAAAACAAUUGUCACAGAAGAAAUCACAUAUCCCAUACCAGUCAUGAUCUUUCAACAAACUGAAUGGGGACAUGAUUACAUCAAAUUAAGAUUUGCACCAGGAAAAGGAGGGCUUUAUGACAAUCAUACUAUCACUCUCAAAGCUAAAACAAAUCCAGUAUUUGAAAAAACUGAAACGAUUCAAAGUCAAAAGCAAAGAUCUGUUACCUUCACUGGUUUGUCACCAUCGACUGAUUAUGAAGCAUUCAUUUACUCACAAAGUGGCAAACGUAGAAGCAAGGUUGAAGUAAUCGAUGUUAACACAGUGACUGCGCCUCCAGAUUUACUUAACGUAACAGAUGUAGGCACACGUUCAGUUACCUUAAUCUACAGUGGUGACGAGUCUGCAGAGUCCUAUGUCUUCAAUGUGUAUCCAAAAAAUUUUAUCCAUUUUCCACGACAAAGAGAAGUUACAGAAUCGAAAGGUGAAAUAUCAAUUGAUGGACUUUCGCCGAAUAUUGAAUAUAUUGUUACAUUUCAUACCCAUACUGCUGGCGAAGAUAGUGCGAAUUUGACCCAAACUUUCAAAACUGAUCGAGGUGCUGGCGGAGACAUUGAUGAUAAUGUUGUGAUUGAUCCAAAGCUUCAAUAUUUCUCUCCUGAAUGUGCUGUUAGUGAUAUACGUCUGUAUGUCACAUUUAUUGUUUCAACAUCACAAAAUGUCCGUUUGUUUCAAUUCAAUCACAUUCGUAAAUUUGUGGCGGCUGUAGUUAGGGAUUUGAGGAUAGUUCAAAUGGACUAUGCAGUAAUUUCUGUGAUUGGAGUCAAUUCUGAAGCCACACUGCUCAUGGACUUCCGCAACCGACAAAGAUAUACCAGACAUUCUAUUGCACAAGACAUUGAUACUUUGUCAUUAGAACCAUCUAGACCGAGUGAAAAUAAUCUUGGAAAAGGUUUAUCAUUCUAUGCUGAUCAUAUGAAGGAUGUAGAUGGUCAACAACUAGUUUACAUAAUAACAAGAGACAAAGUAUCUGACGACGUGAAAACAAUAUACAGACGUCUUCAAUCUCAGAAUGUUGUAACGAGGAUAAUCGGAAUAGGAAAUUGCACAGAUGAACAAUUAUCAUUUAUGAGAACAUCAGUUUCUUAUACGAAUACAGUUUGCUUUCCUACUUAUCAAUCAUUGAAAAAUGCCGAAAUUAUUGAAAAUGUCACUAGAGAUAUUGAAUGCAGACUUGAGGAUUCUAUUACGAUCGUUCCAACGCCUGUGUCUGCAAAUAUAAGAUUCAGUCUACCUGGACUUCUGGGUGUUUUAAAAUAUGAUUAUGAAAUUACGCUUAUCGGUGAUGAGAAUGCAACAGUAAGCAACUCCAUUGAGCAACGUUCUUCUGUUGAGGCUUACAAUUUUGAGACACCUUGGGAUCUGAGGCCAAAUUCACGAUACAUAUUCACACUAUAUCCUGAUAGUAAUAGGGAGUAUGAAGCAAGGCACAGGGAAUUUAGAACCCAGCCUCUACCGAGCCCAAAAAAUCUAAUCAUAACUGAUGUUACUAAUGAUUCAUUCAUUGUGGAUUGGGAUGAUGAAAAAUAUGCUGAUUUGUACAGUCUUCAAGUGGUCUAUCUUGGAAGACCAAUAGAUUCAAUUUCGGCCUCACUUGAGAGUGGAAUAGAUCGAAAAUUCAAUACAGAAUCGCAUUUUCUUGAGGACGACAUGUUGCCUGGAUCUAGAUACUAUUUAUGGGCCAGAAAUGAGGCGAAUGAUGAAAAAUCUAUUCCGAUACCAUCAGAAGUAAUCACAUAUCCAAAUCCAGUACGAAACUUGACUUUGGCUGAAAAACCCAUUAGGUCAAUCAAAGUAACAUUUGAAAGACCAGUAGAAGAUGGAUUAGCAGAUUAUUAUAUUGCAACGUUGAGAGAAAUUGAUUCAGACGUUAUUUUAGAGAAAAGAUACAUAUCAUGGGAAACCACAACAACAGAAUUUUUCCGUUUCAAAUCUGACACAAAAUAUUUAAUAUCCGUCUGGGCAAGAAGCGGAAGGCUGAGCAGUACCAUUGAGGAAAUUACUGUCACGACGGAUAAAACGGAGAAACUGGUGGAAGAACCUGAUCCACCUGGAAAUCUACGUGUGAUAGAUUUUGGAAGAUAUCACAUGGAUUUCAGUUUUACUUCGACCGCUGAAAAGCCUGAUAUGUAUAUUUUUAAAGUUGUACUUUUAGAAGAUCCGGACCAGUUUAGGCCACCUACAAUUAGGAUUGCAUCAUCUGAUGUAUCCGAUGAUUCGAUCAACAUUCAUUCAUUCAAAGACUUGCAACCUAGCACUUAUUAUAAAUUAGUUGCUUCUACUGAGAAGGACUCUGUUCCAAGUGAUGAGAUUGAGCGGUUUUUCAAUACAGCUCCUGAGCCCAUCGAGAAUGUAACUGUGACUCCAGGUUAUCGUGAAGCAUCUGUUUUCGUCAAUAUUCCUCCUCCACCUUACUAUAUUGAUGCUAUCAAAAUUGGUGUUUUAAACGAAGUUUCUGAAAUCCCUCCUCGAGUUGUUUCUGUUGACUUUGAUGAUAAAUCAAUCAAUGAAACGUUCAUCUCAUUACCACCAGCAACCAAGCAUACCGUUGCUAUAACACCUGUUACUAAUGGAGUGGAUGGACCAACCACUUAUUAUAAUGUUACAACAAAACCUAUGCCUCCUGCUAAUUUCAAAAUACAUGAAACUGGAGUCUACAAUGUAACGCUGAGUUUUAACCCUUCAUCAGGAAUACCAGACGAAUAUGUAUUUAGUCUGGUUCCCGCUGAUGAACCGGAAUCAGACCCAAUUGUUGAAAUAGUGUCUGCUGAUGGCAUUUCCCAUUCUGUACCAUAUCUUGUUGCAAUACCAUCACUCCAACCGGGUACUAAAUAUAUUGUAUUAGGUCGAACAAGGAUAAAUGAUGUCGAAAGCGAUCCAGCUAUUUUGGAAUUUUACACUGCUCCUGAACGAGUGGAAAAUGUUUUCAUUGAACCAGGUCCCACUUUUUCUACAAUAAUAUUUACAGCAAAACCAGAACAAAGUGAUUUUUAUAAGAUGGUUCUCAUGAAUAAUGCCGGUAAUCCAAUUGAAUCAUACGAUAUGCCUUCAAUUUCUGGAAGAUAUGUAUAUAAUCAUACAUUUUAUCGAUUGACACCAUCAACACUUUAUGCAAUUUCUGUGACGCCAAUAUACAGGAAUAACAAUGGCCCAGGCAUAACAAAUGGUUUCAGAACAAAAUCUUUCCCACCACAAAACAUGCAAAUUAUUGAAACUGGGACCAAUUUUGUGAACAUCGGUUUUACAAGAAAUGAGGGAAAUGUGCAGCAAUAUAUUUUUAGAGCAACUGAAUCUGACAAUCCUGAUGCCGAGGAAGUUACAGAAACAGUGUUGCCACAAUUUGUGAGCCCAAGCAUAAUGAAUACAGUUUUACUUGAAACAUUGGAACCUGGUACAAGUUAUACAAUUGAAGGAUGGACAACUUCUGAUAGUGGGAAUAGUGAUAUACAAUCUCAGUCUGUUCAAACAGUACCUGCUAAAGUAGUUGUUCAGAGUUCUGACCUUAUUGAUGAUGAUGUCUUCAUAAGAUUCAAUGCCGCCGAAGGGAAUGCUGAUUUUUAUAGAAUAAUUUUCCAGUCGAUGGAUUCCGGUAUCACUUCUUUUGAAAAGGACAUACCAUCAGUUGAGGACCAGUUACAAUAUACAAUAAGUUUUCCUGUAAAUCCUGGCACUAGAUAUUUGGGAACAAUUGUUACGCACAGUGGUUUAUUGCAAAGUGCUCCUGUUAAUGUGAACCUGACAACAAACCUUCAACUAUUCACAACUAUGGAAGUCAUUGAUUAUGGUGAAAAUUAUCUGUCAUUCAGGUGUAUAUACCCUGAUGAUACGUUAGAUAGCGUUGACUUCACAAUAUAUCGUAAUGAUAACUCCAACCCAAUUCAAAUCAAAACUGUGGAAAACAUUAACAAAUCAACAACAUACCAAGUUAGCUUUGGCGACUUGGAUCCUGACACAUUAUAUCGUUUAACUGCAAUACCUACUAAGCACAACAAAACUGGCCCUACAUCGCAGGUUAUAACCUCAACAGCACGAAAAUCUCUUGAAAAUAUUGCAAUAACACCUGGGGCAGAAAAUGUAAACAUAUUUGUGGAAGUUGAUCCACAGGCAACGGGCAAUAUGAUCAUUUCAGUGUCAGAUGGCAGCAAUGAAGUAGUACCAGAAAAAGAGUAUCCUGUGACACCAGGACAAAAAUUUUUCAACAUUACUUUGGGUCCUUUACAACCAACAGUCAAACAUACUGUCAUAAUUACUCCUAUAGUCAAUGGGGAAAAGGGGAUUAUAGAUGAAAGAAACUUCACCACAAAAUCUCUACCUCCUGGCAAGUUGGAAAUGGGAGAGAUCGAUGAAAAUGAGGCCAAAUUAGUUUUCAUACCAGCACCUGGAACACCUGAUGAAUUUGUUUUCACGAUUGUACCUGCUCUUGAACCUGAUUCAACUCCUAUUACUGUUAAGAUUCCUGCGUUUGAAGUUGUGAAGCUGAAAGAAAAUACAAUUGAUAUUCCAAAGUUAACGCCAAGUACAAAAUAUGUUAUAACAUCAUGGACAAUUCACAAUAAUCGAGAAAGUGAUCAUGUAACAUUGGAAUUUUACACAGUACCAGAAGAAGUAAGAAAUGUAACCAUUCUAUCUGAUGUUGAAUUUGUAAAAUUUUCAUUCGAUGUUGAACCAGAUACAGCUGAUAGUUACAGAAAUUUGUUGACUGUUCGGGAAGAAUGGUUACCAUCUGUUCCGGGACAGGAGACAUACAGUCAUUGGUUUUGGAACUUGAACAUGACAACAACAUAUUACAUUUCCAUUAUACCAGUACUGAACGAAAGAUCAGGAAAAGAGUCGAUGACUCGAUUUGUUACAAGAUCAUUGCCACCCAAUAAUAUGCACAUUGUGAAUGUGGGAACAACAUUUAUCGAAGUUGGUUUUGAAAGUGUACCAGGAGUAAUCACACUAUAUACCUUUGAAACUCAAGAAUUGGACGAUCCAACAUCUUUGCCUAUAUCCAAAUCAGUUUCUCCUGUCUUGGUGCGCGUUGCCGCGGAAAACAAAUUGUUACUUAGCGGACUGGAACCAGGAACCAAUUAUACGCUGGAAGGAUGGACAAUGAAUGUUAAUGCAAAGAGUAAUCUCACUUCAACUAUAUAUCAAACAAUGCCUGGCAAAGUCCAAAUUAUCGGAAUUCGUAUGGCUGGCAAAAAUUCCCUGUUUCUCGGAUUCUAUGCAGCUAAUGGGAAUGCUGAUUUUUACAGAAUUCUCAUCAAAUCUGAAGAUACAGGUGAAACUGUCUUUGAUGACGACAUCAAACCGGUGCCUGAACAAGUUGUUUAUAGAAUCAGCUUCCCUGUUAAACCUGGCAACAAUUAUACAGGAACCUUUGUUACUCACAGUGGACUAUUACAAAGUGAAACGGUCCAUCAAACCAUUAUAACAAGACCUGCUGCUUUUACAUCUUUCAAAGUUGUUGAAACAAGCCAAAACUAUGUUGUAGUAAUGGCAAACUCGACUGAUGACUCUCUUGAAAGCGUUGAAUUUUCCAUAUUUACUGUAGGCGAUGGAAAUUCUAUUGCAAAUAAGACUAUGAAAAACUCAGAGAGUGCCAAUGAAUAUGAAGCAACCUUUUAUGGUUUAACAGAAGAUACAUUAUAUCGCAUCACUGCAAGACCUUUCAAAUAUGACAAAUUCGGUCCAACAGCAGAACUUAAUGUGAAAACAGGUCCCAAGGCCAUUCAGUCAGUUACUGUUACACCAGGGGAUGUUUACGUUUAUAUGUAUAUUGAACUUGAACCGGAUGCAGCUGACAAUAUCAGUUUCACUAUUUAUGAUGAAACCAAAGACAACCAACAAGAGAAGACUUAUCCUGUUCCACCUGAUCAAAAUUUCUUUAAUAUUACUUUAAUGCCUUUACAACCAACAGUCUUUCAUACUGUAGUAAUUACUCCAACAACGAAUGGAACGAUGGGCACUGCAAUUGAGAGAAACUUCACUACACUGUCGUCAUCCCCAUAUGAUUUGACUGUGGUGGAAACUGGAGUAAACAAUAUUACAUUAAGUUUUGUUCCUGCACUUGGAACACCUGAUGAAUAUGUAUUCAGUAUUAUACCUGAAAGUGAACCUGACUCGAAACCGAUAGUUGUCAAUGUACCAGCAUAUGAUGUUAAUGUCAAACGAAAUAAUAUUAUUAACAUUCUGAAUCUGAAUCCAAGUACAAGAUAUAACCUCACAUCGUGGACAGUUCACAAUGAUCGAAAGAGCGCAACUACAAUGAUUUAUUUUUACACAGCACCCAGCUCAAUUGAUGACAUUGUUGUAGUACCAGAUACUUAUUUUGUGAACAUCAGCUUCCAAGCUGAGCCGGGCACAAGUGACAUUUAUACAAUGGUUGUGAAAAAUGUAACUGGAGACAUAGUAAACACAAAGGAAUUACCUGCCAUAUCAGGCCAAGAAUAUUAUUCUCAUGUAUUUUAUGGGUUCAAACCUACUGCAGAUUACAUAGUGAUCAUUACACCAUCAUUACAAGGGAAUGAUGGUCCGGAUACAACUGCGGAAUUUAGUACAAAGUCUUUGCCACCGGAAGAUUUACAAGUGAUCAAAGUUGGAACUACGGAUGUAAUGGUUGGUUUUAAACUAUCUCUUGGAGAACCAGAUGAAUAUGUAUUCGAAGUCACUUCAGAAGAUUAUCUGACAUUAAUGGAACAAAAGUUUGUUUGGUCAUCAGAACUUGACCCAUCUAUCAGAUACAAUGCUACUAUUGAUGAGUUGAUACCAGGAGCUAAAUACCUACUCUCUUCUUUGACUAGAAGCAAAGGCAUCAGAAGCAACAGCACUAAAAUACCAUUUCAAACGGUUCCUGAACCAGUCAAGAAUGUUGUAUCGAAUACUACCGACAGAGUUAUAACCAUAAGCUUCCAAGUUCCAAAUGGAUAUGCAGAUGAAUACAGGAUAAGGUUUAAAUUGGAUGGGGCAGAGGAUUUAGUAUUUAACAAAACAAUUUCUGAUAGUCCUGAUAUAUCAACACACUAUAUCAGAUUCAAUGCUGAAUAUGGAAAACUGUAUGAAGGAAGCAUUGUGACUCGAAGGGGUGAAUUGGACAGUAAACCCGUUGAAUUGAUUGUAGUUACAGAACCUUGGGGCCUGCAAAAUUUGUCACAGGUUCAUACAACAGAAGAUUCUAUCACCAUUGAAGCCUUUUCAAUUGAAGAUUUAGACAGCGUUGAAUUUUCAAUCUUCACUGAAUCAAAGUUAAAUGUUUUGGACUUCAAAAACCUGACAAAUCGUCUGGGAAAACUCAUUUACAGGCCUAUAUUUGAAGACUUGAAACCGGCAACCGUGUAUAUUGUUACCGCUGUGCCAAUAAAAUACAAAACUAAAGGAAAGGAAUCGGAAAUUAUUGUUGCAACAGCCCCUUCACCUGUUGAAGUUGUAUCGACAACACACAACUACACAUCUGCAACAAUUAAUUUUGUUGCACCUGAAGAAACUGUUGACUAUUACAGAAUUACUUUUGUGCAACAAUAUGGUACUGCUGUUGACAUCACUAAAGAAGUUGAUCAUGUUCCCAACACCACAGCUUAUGUUGUUGAUAUUGAUAUCAUACCUGGUAGUAGAUACUUUGGGAAUGUAUAUGCAUACUUUUCCGGAAUACAAAGUGCAUCUGAUUUAUUUGAAAUGAAUAUAGAGCCAGCACCUGUGACAAGCAUAGCAACAGAUACAACAUCAACUACUGUUAAUAUUUCAUUUGAUCCUGCCAUAGGAAAUGUUGAUAGAUAUCUUGUCCAAUUGUUUAAAAUGGGGGAAACAACAAAUUAUAUGGAUGCAUAUGUAGCUCACAACCCACCCAAAUCAAGAUAUGGUGUUGAAAUGCCAGUCACACCAGGAACCUCAUACAGAGGGAUUAUUGUCACUGAAAUCAGAGAAUUGAAGAGUGUUGAAAAGGAGUUCGAAUUCAAUGCAGUAACUGGCAAGGUGAAGAAUAUCACAGUAAUAACAACCAACACAGAAGUUGAAGUUAACUUCACCCGUCCUGAUGGAGAAUUUGAUUUCUGCAGAAUCUACUUGCAAGGUGGUGAAAGAGAUAUAUCACAAGAAGUUUUCCGAAAAGUUGACAGAAUUCAAUAUUCAACCGUUUUAAGAAUUGCAAGGGAAACUGAUUAUGUUGGAAAUAUUACAUGUGUGUCAAACGAUGAACCUGGGCCCAUUGAGCCUAUUGAAGUUUAUGCAACAAAAUAUGAAGGACCUGUGGUUUUGGGAAGAUUAUUCAUCACCGAUCUACACGCCAAUGACGUGAAAGUUAACUGGUAUUUAGCCAGUCCUAUUGGACGGAUGCCAGUCAGCGUUAUAUUGACUUAUACUUCAGAGGAUGGACAGUCUAAACAAUAUGUACAUGAGAUUAACAACCCAGAUGACAGGCAAUAUUCUGCAGUCUUGACCGAUCUAAAUGCUGGAACUAGGUACCAGAUUACUGGUAAAACCAGACGAAAUAACAAAACUAGUGAAUCCAAAUCGACUGAGUUCAUUACAAGCCCUGAAUCAGUUCGAAUCGACCGAGUAGAGGCUAAUUUCACUAGUGCAACAAUAUAUUUUGAAACACCACAGAAGGCAGAUAAUUUCAGAAUUUUCACCGACCUCGGUGGUGGAAAAAUAAUUCACACAAAAACUAGCUCAAGAGAAGAUGGAGUGUCUGUAUAUUCGUAUAAUACUCCACCUCUGGAUCCGACAAAUGUAUAUAUUGUAAGGAUAUAUACGGUCGUAAAUAAUGCACCGGAAAGCAAGCCAGCCAGAGUGCAAUUUGAAACUAAACGAUUCAUCUAUCCUGAUGGAAGAAUUAUUCCAAGUUUUGACGAUGGUGAUGUCAUAAUCAUGAUAGAGCAUGACCCCACGCCUGUUCAAAAAUUCCUCCUCCGUAUAUCUCCGGAAAAUAGUCCUGACGAAGCACCAAUAGAAAAAGAAGUGGAGAGCCUUAAUGGAAGGUUGAAUGUGGCAUUUUUCGGGCUCACUCCCGGACAAAAAUACCUUAUUCACUGGUUAGCAGUUUUGGACAAUAUCGAAAUGAAGCCAGAGCAAUAUAUGGGAUUUUUUGUUGUUCCACCGGGCAAAGUUAAAUCAUUAUCCGCUACUGCUCCCACUCCAAGAAAAAUAAAGGUAUCCUACCGACCUCCAGAUGGCAUUGUAGAUCAGUAUAGGAUCAAAGUGGUUCGAACACAAGACGGGGCAAUCAUUUCAGAUACUUUGGUCGGCCCAGAAGACGUAGAAAGGGCUUUCAGUUACGGUGUAACACCAGUAACGGAAUAUAAUACAUCCGUUGCCGCUGUCAGUCAUGGCGUCACUUCGGGCUUUGUUAGCUCGACUGUUGUAACACCUCAAGAAGAUAUUCGUCCACCAUUGGAUGUAAUACCUAUUGUUAGCGGAACGACGUUAACAGUCAACAUACUUCCUCGGCCAAGAGCACAGACGAAAUUUGUUGUUGUAUUAUGGCCAUCUGACAAACUGACCAAUAAGACACAAAAUGUGGAGUGGAAUCCUGUUGCCCCUCAUCUUGUGUCUGCGACAUAUAUACAACUUGUACCUGGAGAACUGUAUACAGGAGUUAUAUAUCCAAUACUUGGGGAUAAACAAGGUCAUCCCAUUGAUAUACCUCCAAGGGUUAUAGCGCCUGCCAGUGUUCCCAAAGCAUCUGUUCAAGGAUCACCAACAUCAAUAACAGUAACAUAUGAUACUGCAGGCGGGAAGGUUGAAUAUUACAAUGUAUAUAUAACACAUCCUGAGCAAGGACCAGUACAGAGUACCAUCAUCGAUUCAGGACCUGGUCAAUCGGAAUAUACUCAUACUUUUGAAAAUCUGUCACCAAACUCUACAUAUAAUGUAUUUAUUCGACCAUACAGCAAUGGAAAAUCAGGGCCAGCUGCAAACAUUACAGCAGAAACGCCACUAUUAACUCAAGCUUCUGGUAAGCUCAUUAUAUCAAAAGACACUAUCACUGUCCAAAUAACACCUGAUUCUACUGGCAUUAUUGAAAGCUAUAGAUUGCGUUUGAAUGACAAGCCUGAUGUUACAAUAUCAUCGGAUCAAGAAUUGGAACAUGAAUUCAGUGAUUUAACUCCUGGAAACUAUGUUGUUACCUUAUGGACACAACGUGGACCAUUUGAAAGCAGACCAUCAGUGUUUGAUACUAUUACUUUGAGACCAGCAACUGUUAUGCCAAAAAUAAAAGCGACUUCCACCACAAUAGAAGUUUCAUUUGAUCCAGAAAACCACUUGGCUGAUUUUUAUGAGCUUACGCUUGAUAAUGGUGAAAAAUAUAAAAUGUACACAAGGAGGGUUGGCGAAAAUCAAGCAACUUCAACAUACACAUUUAAAAAUCUAGUUCCAAGCACUACUUAUAAAUUGGAUGUUGUACCAAAUGAGAAUGAAAUUGAAGGAACUAUGUAUUCUCUUUCUCUAACGCUGCCCCAACCCGAGGUUCCACGAGGUGCAAUCUCAGAACAACAGGGAAAUUCGUACUUGAUAACCAUGCGUCCAUCACCUCAAAUUGGAAAAAGUCGGGCAGAUUCCGUUACGAAAUAUAUCAUCAUCACUAAACCAGAAAGCCCAGAAGCACAAAUUAUGGAAUAUGAAGUUCAAGCUAAUGGUGUGCAACCUGUGGAAUACAGAAUCACAGAUGCAGUUUGGGGAGAAAAAUAUUUAGUAUCAUUAGCCAACGUAAUCAAUGGUUAUCAGAGUGCUUCAAGAGGAAUUGCAAAUGUUGUCAUUCGUCCCGCAUCUGUUGAUGCAGUAGUCACCCUCAUAAACGACAAAAUUAAUGUGGCAUUUGAUCAUGUGGAAGGACUUGCUGAUAAUUACCAAAUAACCUUGGCGAAAUCGGCUGAACCAGAUCGUCUCUAUGAUAUUAAAGAGAUCAAACAUGUUCCCGGGCAGAAGACUGUGGAAGAGUUGUCAGUUCCAAAUGUUAUCCAAGAUACAACAUUUGUUGUUAGCAUUACAACGUAUACCAAUAGUGGAGUGAAGAGCCCAACCAAACGUUACAAUGUUCAAAUUGUUCCAGAACCCAUUGAGGGUUCACAAGGACGAGUAUCUGUGACACUGGAAAACACAAUUUUAGUGGAAAUGUUCCCCGUCUUAGAAAAUGGAGACAAUUUCGUCAUUCAACUUAACGGAUCUGAUGGAAGUCUAGUGGAUAUAAAGGAGAUAUCUUUGCCAAAUGAUAUCAUGAUGGUUGAAUUUGCUGAAAAUCUUUUACCUGGAGCAACUUAUACAGUUAUAGCAACAUUACAAUACAGAGACGAGAAUUAUCCUGAGAACAUCAUUGGAACAGUCACACUACGACGUGACUUAGAUGCAAAUGAUUUCACAGAAAAUACGACUCACAAUUCUAUAGUCAUCACAUCCACAAGUCCAGAAAUUGUGUUUGAUUGGGUUUAUUAUGAAAUCUCUACUAAACAAAACCUGAACGAUGUCAUAGAACGGGUUACUGUGAGUAAAGAUUCACAUAAUGGCACAAACCCUGGCGAAAAAGAGGUUAAAUUCUCAGAUUUAGUUCCUAACGUUACCUAUUCCAUUACAAUCACUGGUUCAAGCAAUGGUGUUGCCAGCAACCCAACUGAACUAGAAGUUACUACAGAUCUGUAUUCGCCAUUAAUUUCUGGAGAAGCUUCUCUGACCAGUGAAAACGCAAUUACUGUUAAUUUCAACGUGCCACCAGAGGUUGAAGAUGGUCUCAGUUUUAUUGUCAAACUAAUCCCUGAUGAUGUAACUGAACAACAACAUGAAGAAAUUAUUCCGUAUAACGGCAGAAAUGAACAUUCAACAAAUUUUAUUGAUUUGAGCUAUGGAAUGACCUAUACUGCGACCAUCACACCAGUGCUAAAAACUUUCCAAGGAGAAGAAAUACUUCUAAAUGACGUUUCCACCAAUCCUCUGCCAGUUACUGAUGUAGACACGGAAACUGGUUUAACUUCACUUAUAGUUUAUUUCACAAAACCAUCCAGUCAAUAUGAUUAUGUUCGCUUGGAUUACUUUGAAAAGGAUAAUGAGCUGAAUACUGAUGGAAUGAUGUUGUAUGAUUAUCAGCCAAGCCAGUUAACAUUUACAGGUCUUACACCAGGAAAACUGUAUACUGUUCGUCUGGUCACUCAUUAUAAGGACAGUGAAAGUAUUCCUGUAGAACAAGAUGCUACUCUAGAUCUUCCACCGAAGCCUGAAAUUGAAAUUUCUGAAGUUCAUACUACUUCUCUUGAUGUUUCUGUACUUGGCAAUGACUUGGAUUUUGAAGAAUACACUAUUGAAUAUUGGAUACGUGGUAACCCUGAUGAGCGACAAAAUGUAACAAAAGGCAUCGAUGAUCCACGAAUUACCACAAUUGCAGACCUUUUGCCCGGAACGAAGUACACAUUCUCAAUUACCUCACAAAUUGAUGAAAUUAGUGGUCCUCCCACAGAAUCGACUGUGACAACGAAGCCUGGUAAAGUUAUUAACCCGGAGGUUCAAUAUGACAGCAACAACAGGGUUACAUUCACAUACACAAAACCAGAAGGAGAUUCUGAUAAUUUUGUCGUUGAAAUAUUUCAAGUCGAAGAUCCCGAAAUUCCUUCCUAUGCUUUCAAAAAAGUUGAUGGAGAUGAAUCUUCUAUUUCUUUUGUUCAAACUUUCCAACCGUUCAUAAAUUACACAGCUUUUAUUUAUGCUGAAGUUAUAGAUCAUCUUGGAAAUGUUUUGAAAAGUGAACGAGUUGAACUCAAAUUUGUUAUAGCACAAUUCAAUAUAACUGGAUCGACCAAUGCAACAAAUAAAGAUCUCACAGUUCAUUUAGAUCUUAUUGAACGCCCUGAAAGUCUUGAUAAAUUGAGAAUUUAUGCCAAUUUACGAGGAUCAUCCAAGAUAUCUGAUAUCAAAGUUAUAGAACCAACGCAAACAUUUGUUGUGUUCAACAAUCUAAUACCCGGUGCCACCUAUGAUGUUUUUAUACAACCGAUCAUGAAAGGGGGAGCUGAAGGACCACCAUCUCCUCUUAUUGAUACUUUAAAUCCUAAUCCACCCACUAGCGGCCGAGUAGAGACAGCGAAGAACAAUACGAUGGUGUUGGAAUUUGAACAGCCAGAAGGAGUGGUAGAUGAAUACACCAUAGUAGUAAAAGCAGAUGAUACACAGGAGCCAGAAACUGAUAUGAAGACUGUUAAAAACCCAAGGAAUCGUAGAUCAAUUAUUGUACAAUAUGAUGAACUUGAUCCAAACAAAAUCCAUGUUUUUGAAGUUACAUCAAUAAGUAAGAACAAAUCCAGCGUCAUUGCUACUUUCAGUAACCUUGAAGUUCUGCCGCCCACUGAUCUCAAGUAUCAACUGGAGCAGAGAGGCAACCUGUUUUUUCUUGUAUUAUCGUAUACCGCACCUGAAAGUCCACGUGAUUACUUCCGGAUAAGAGUGACAUCGGAUUAUUUACCAGAAGUGAUUUCUGAAACAACGAACGAAACAACUUAUGAAAUUCCUGUCGAUGCAGGAAACAUAUACUUCGUCAAUGUUUCCACUGUAUACAGAGAUGUACAUGCAUGGAUUCCUGCUCAAGCUAAACUUGUUAUUAAUCCAGUUAACGUUCCAGAUUUGAUUUUGGACGCUACUCAUAACUCUGUUAAAUUCUCCUUCUCUCCCCCACCUGGAUUAUAUGAUCAUUUUGUGAUAACAAUAUCAGAGACAUCAGAUUCUUCGUUUGUACAAUUGAGUCAGAAUAUUUCAAUUGACGAUAUUGGAACUGAUGGAAAAUUUAGCGGUGUGUUUGGGGAUCCAACAAUUGAACCUGAAACUGAUUACCAGGUUGAAGUUGUUACUUGGCAUCGACAGCUACGAAGUGCAGAAGGUGCAUCUGUGAGACUUAUUACAACUGAAAGUGAUAGAAAGAUUGACGAUUUUGAUGUUUCAUCAAGGCCGAAUGGUGGAAUUCUGCUUGAACUUAUUGGUGACUUACCUACAUUUGGAUCGUACAUUGUAUCAGUGUGGGAUGAAGAUAACAUUCAACAGAAUUUUACCUUCCAAUUUCCGAAAAGAAGCCCAAUUAUACUUUCUCAAUAUUUGGAUCGAGGCAGCAGAUACAAAGUUCAAAUACUUCAGAAAGACUUGCUUGAAAAGGAAGUCUGUACUGCUCCUGCAUCGCCAACAGUUGAUGACUUCAAGAAUCUUCCAACAUUCAGAUCAGAAUUCUCUCUGACGCCAGUAGGACGUGCAGAGGAAUAUAUUGUUAUAUUAUUAGACAGCGCAGGUACAGAAGUCGAUAGACAAACUUUGUCCUACGAAUCUGAUCGAAAAGUUGAAUUCCGCCGACUCAAACCAGCAUCACGAUAUUCAGUCAGAAUUGAAACGUUGUCUUGUGGUGGAUCCGUAACUGCAGGAUUUGAUUUUACAUCUGCACGAGUGCAGUCGCCAAAUUUCUUGGACAUACAAAAUGCUGAAAAUUUUGGGCUCAUUUUAUAUUGGACUCCACCAGAAGCACCGCAUGAAUAUUUUAGAAUUAGAGCCACGCCAGCCACACCUGGCUCCAGACCUGUUGUGCAAGAGACUGAAGAAAGCAGCUUAUUUCUGGAAAAUUUGACACCAGGAGAAAGAUACACUGUCAGCGUUGUAUCGGUUUUCAGGGAUAUUGAAAGUGAUCCACUGAGAGGACGUUCUAUUUUAAGCCCAGCCGAUGUGCAAGAUGUAACGGUCACAACAGGAUUCGUUAGCAUCACAUUUGACAUUGGUCCUCCACCUGGAAUAUAUGAAUACAUUGAAGCGGAAUUAACACCUGUUGUGGACCUUAGUACUUUGGAUGAAAACUUCAAUCCAGGCAGCGUAAACACAGUGAGAAGAUCUGUUUCAAAAUUUGAACAAGAUAUCAAUGGAAGACACCAAAUUUUAUUUGAAAACUUAACUCCCGGAACUGAGUAUGCUGUCACUCUUAUAACAUACAAUGAAGAUCAGUCUAGUUCUGGAUAUGGCUUAACUGUUACAACUGAUGGUGUUCCUGCAGUUACAUCAGGCCUCCUUGUUGUUGAUGAAAACACCAUGCGAAUGACCGUAAUACCAGUAAAUGGCGUGGAAGUAUACAGAGUGGUUCUUGCCUCCAUUGAGGAUCCAUUUACUGAAUUAGAUCGCCGUGCUCUAACCACAUUACAGGGUGAUGAUUUGACAGCAGUAUUCUCAUCUCUGGUUUGGGGACAACAAUAUAUCAUAAAUGUCACAUGCGUAAUUGGAGAACAUGUUGGGGAAACUGCAAUAUUUACAGACGCAAUUGCUCCUAGGAAAAUUAGGGGUGCAACAACAGAAUCUGAUUUUUGUAGUUUCACUUUGUGCUUUGAACCUGCUGAAGGCAUUGUGGAGGCUUAUUCGAUAACCUGUACUCCUCGUAACAAUCAAACAAUAAUACUGGAUGUGAGAUCUAUCAAUGCAAGCACAGAUUUCAACCCCGAUACUAAUCUGUUUUGCACUAUUUACGAUGGACCUGCUAUCAAACCAGGAGAGAGAUACUCUAUGUUCAUAACUUCUUACAGUAGAGGAAAAGAAUCAAUACCACACGUGAAAACAUCAAUCAUUCCAAAUGCACAACGACCGAAUUUACUCUCACUCACAAGUCUUCCUUAUGAGCCUACGUUAAUUGCAACAAUCCGAAUGGCUGAUGUAUGUGACAGAGACACAGAUGGUGUUUUGGUUUCAAUUAAACAAACAACACCAGAUGGAACCGCUCCUGUUAUUGAAGAAAGGUUUUUCAACUAUUCCGAAUCUGACAUUGUUACCAACUUCUCAGAUUUAAUGUACGGUGAAAAGUAUGAUAUUUCAGCUCGUAUGGUAAUCAAAGAAAUCCAGAGCAACGCUCUCGAAAAAGAAAGAGCAAUCUAUCCGUACCCCAUUACAGAUGGCAAUGUUACAUUAGACAAAUGUGUUCCUACACUUGAAUUUAGCCCAUCAAUUGGCAAAUUCACACACUACCGUGCUCAGAUUUUCCAAGAGACUGGCACAAGAAGAUCGAGGGGAUCCAGGAGAAUUCAAGCAACUGAUUCUGACGAUCUUGUGAGCCUGACAUUUGAUGACACAAUUUUGAGGCCUGGAAAUAACUAUACGAUUUUUCUAUGGCCUAUCAGUUUUUCAUUGGAAGGCAACAGAACAGGAUUCCCAAUCAGUUUACCGCCUCCACCUAAUGCAGUUGCAAACAUCAACCCAUCAUCUGUGACCGAUAAUAGUUUGAGCAUUAAUAUCGACAACACGUCUAUACCUGUACCCAUUUACGAAGUAACAUUAGCAAGACAAGCCAGACCAAGAGAUUUCCUUAACAAUAAGGUGUAUUCGCCAACUGAGUCUUUGGAGCCUGUGACAUUUGACAAUCUAACAUCUGGGGAAUCCUAUCAAUUAGAAGUCACAGCAUUUGUCUGUGCUGUACCUGGAGACACUGCAGUUCUCAUUGCAACCUUGUUUCCCCAAAUAGUUGAAAACAUUGAAACAUUUCCAACUUCUACAACAAUCGACGUCCGUUUUAAUCAAGUUGAAGGAGUUGUUGAUGAUUAUCAGUUAUGGAUUGUUCAAGAAAGUUUCCCAUCGCUAAUACUGGAAAAUGUGACUUUGAUACCACCAAGGGCAAAAAAUCGUCAAAUCACGCACACACUUACAGACGGCCGUUUGACACCUGGGGAAUCCUAUAUCAUCUUUGUUAGAAGUAGAAGCAACGAUAAGGCUGUUACUUCGACUGGAUUCCUAGUAAAAUUGGAAAACACACCACUUGUGACUGACUAUACCAUACAGACAACACCAACAACAUCUAUGGUUACGUUAACACCACCAGAGGAUAUAGAUGAUUAUUAUGUUACUGUAACACUACAGGAUGAAAAUAAAAUACCAAUGUUGAACUCAACAAUUGUCUUCACUGACAUCAGUUCAACUUCAUUCGAAGAUCUGAUACCUGGAACAUUAUAUUAUAUCACAUUAGUAGCAACGAGGAGAGGAGUUAAUAGCGGAGAUUCCGGCAGUAACUUCACAACUGAAUUACCACAAAUAGUAGCGUUUUCAUUGAAUGCAUCAUCAAUUACUAUUGGAAUUACAAUUGAACCUCCAGAUCUAGAAUCGUACCAAUCAGAUGAAUAUAUUAUUGAAAUUGCGGACGAGAAGACCUGGCGAAUACCUGGGACAGCAACCGGUGAUGUGUUAUCAGAUAUCACACCAGAAUCUCAGUACAAUGUCAGCAUAACAUCUGUUAUCCGAGGUGUGGAAGGACCUACCAAUACUAAAUCGAUUUCUACAAGAAAACUCGAUCCUGUGGAGUACAUAUUUGGAGAGCCAGGAAUUACUUAUAUAAACAUAACAUUCAUACCUGUUGAAAUUGCAGAUGUAUAUUUAUUAACUUUACGUGGAUCCAUUGACACUAUAGUUGUGACAGUCAAUCAGUCAGAUGCAGAAAAACUUUACUAUUAUUUUGAUGACUUAAUACCGGGAACUUUGUAUAAUAUAUCUAUAGAAGUUGCUGUUGGUGAUAUAUUCAGUCCGGCAACGUCAAUAGAAGUGCAAACUGGAGAAGUCGUGGCUGUUCAAUCUGCCAGAACAGAAACAGGCAUAACGUUUGUAAACGUGUCAUUCCUUCCUGUUGAAGUAGCAAAUUCUUACAUUUUGGAAAUUGCUGAAAAUGCCUUUUCAGAUAAUAUCAUCAACACAGCGUCAGUUGAUCAGUCAACUUCAGAAAUUUGGGUUAAAUUUGAUGGAUUAAAACCAAAUACAGAGUACAAUAUCAGUAUUUAUGCUACUGUGGAUGGAUAUAACAGUUCAAAAAUAUCUGUUCUGGGAACUACAGGAGUGAUACCUUUAAUUCCUUUUGAAGCUGUUGCUCUAAUAUCAAGCAUUUUUGUGACAUUGGAGAAGCCAGUUGAUGUCAGAGUAGACAGUUAUGCAAUAACUGUGAAAUCAGAAGAAGGAGACGAAAGACCACCAGAAAUUUUGAAUUCUGAUGAUUAUCCUGAUGACCAAUUUUUGAUUGAUGCUUCAUUUGAUUAUUUGACACCAAAUACAACUUAUUAUAUUAUGGUUUAUGCAACGAUUGAUGGAAACAUCGGACCAGUGUCUGAAGAAGUUGUGAUAACAGAUGAAAUGCCUGCUUUGACUAAUGUGACUGCUACACCUGACUUUACAAGUAUAACCGUUUUUGUAACUCCAGUAAUAAAAGAUGUUGAUGGAUACAAAAUCCAGCUCCUACCGAGUGGUAUUACUGGUGGUGAUAAGACUUGGAAUAUAUCUCAAACUGACUCAUUUAUUGAAGCAACAUUUGAAGGAUUGUUCCCUGGUACAGUAUAUACAGUGGUUGUAUCUACUGUCAAAAAUGAUCAUUUUGGUCCAGAAACAAUUGUCGAAGUCAUGACAGGUUCUAUCCCACUGGUUAUGUAUGAUACUGAAACAACUGCCACCAGUAUUACAAUAGUGGCAGCCCAACCUGAAGAUCCAGUGGAUAGGAUUGUAGUACAGUUGGAUUCGGAUGACACAUAUUCUUCGACUGACGAACUGAUUUCUGGGGAAGGUGAUCUUGUCACAUCAUUUACCGACUUGAUGCCUAAUACAAACUAUACCAUCUCAGUCAUACCUUACAUAAAAGAUUUUCAAGGACCAUAUUCUCCCACAGUUGUUGUAACAGGCUCACCACCAUUUGUUGACUUUAGUGUCAAAACUGGUGUUGAUGCAGUCAAUGUUACAGUUGAACGCCCAGAAGAUAUUGUCGACUUCGUAGUUGUGAGAUUGUAUACAUUAGAUUUGACUGAAGUUGAUACGAAGACUAUUCAAUAUGAAACUGAUCCGCUCUUUGCGACCUUUGAUAAUCUCACUUCGGGAACAGAAUACAUUGUUACUGCAUAUUCUGUAAUAAAAGAAAUUGAAGGACAAUCGCAUGAUGAAUUUGUGGAGACUGAGAUUGAUAUUCCAGUUGUUAAUUUCACUUCUACAUCAACAACUACGACUGUACAAGUCACCAUAACCAAACUCGAAGAUGGCAGGGAAGUUGAUGAGUUCUUCGUACAAAUAAUUCCAGAGGACAGUGAUUUAAUCAUGGUUCAAACUAUUUCUGCUAAAGAUGAAUUGCUUUCGACUACUUUUGAAAAUCUCACUCCAGAAACAUUGUAUACAAUAGAAGUCUGGGCGACCCUGCGUGAUCAACGUGGACCUAUUACCACAGGAAUUGAAGAAACAGAGUUACAAAAUGUUGUAUUUGAUAAUAUUUCAACGAUAACAACCAUUGAAAUAAAUAUUCUCGAUAAUGAUUUGGAGGUGGAUGAAUACAAAGUGCGACUUACUUCACCUGAUGGCAGCAUUAGAGAACAGACACUCAACACCACUGAAGAUCCAUUGACUACUUUAUUUGAAAACUUGAUUCCUGCAACUCAGUACACAGUACAGGUUACAACAUGGAACGAAGGUGCCGAAGGACCAACCGCUACAGCAUUUAUUCAAACCGAACCUUUUCCAUUUGUUGAAUUCACAACAACAACUACUAAGGAGAGCAUUAGUGUUGCAUUAGAAAAACCUGACAAUAGAAUGAACUUUAUUGUAAAAUUACUUUCGGAAGACUUGGUACAACUGCAGAGUACUCCACUGAGUUACGAUGAUGACCCUCUCUCUAUUACUUACGAAGGUUUAACUCCUUCGACGGAUUACAUGAUUUUGGUUUCGCCCGUUAUUAACGAAGAUGUAGGACCAGUUAAUCAAGAAUUGGUUACAACAGACGGUGAUGAUGCAGAACAACUUCCAGCACCUGAUUUUGUGACAGAAGCAACUACAAUUUCUAUAGAUGUUACUGUAACACCACUCAAUACAACUGUAGAUGAAUAUGUUGUAACAAUCACAACACCUACAGGAAACACCACAGAAAGCAGUAUACCUGGUGCUGAUGACCUGAUAAUAACUACAUUUGAUGGUCUUUCUCCUGAUACUAAUUAUAGUAUAAAUGUUCGUGCUGUCUAUGAUGACAUAGACGGGGAAGUCUCAUCUGCAAUUGUUGCAACUGAACCUGUACCACUCAUUUUCUUUGAGUCAUCCGCAACUAAUAACACUAUCACAAUCAUUUUGCAAAGACCGGAAUUUGUAGUGGAUGCCUUUGAAGUCAGUUUGUUUUUAGCCAAUGACGAAAUAGGAACUAGUUUUAUUCUGUUCGACGAACAAGACUUAGCCACCACAUUCGACAACCUGAUACCGGAAACUACAUAUUUAAUACGAGUAGUGGCAUUAAUUGGUGAUGUUUAUGGACAAUUGAAUGAAGGACUAGUUACUACUGAUGAAUCAAAGCCACUACCAUUGGUAGAGUUUACCACAGAAACAACUACAACAACUAUAAAUAUCACUGUGGAACCAACAGAUAUUGUUGUCGAUGAAUAUAUAGUUUCACUUACUGAUCCAGAAGGAAACGUUAUUGAAAACUCUAUACCAGGCACUGAAGAGCCAUUAGAGACUUAUUUCGAUGACUUGACACCAGGCACUGAAUACAUAGUGACAGUUUUCCCACAACUAAAUGGGGUUCAGGGAAAUACUACAUUUGGAGUAAUUUCAACCGAUUCACUACCCAUUGUCAAUUUCACUUCGGCUUCAACGCCUACUACAAUCCAAAUUGUUGUGGAGAAACCUGAUAUUCCUGUUGAAUCAUUCACUGUUGAAUUGUUAACUGAUGGACUGGAUCUCCUAGAUACUAAACAGAUAGAUGUUACAGCCAAUCCACUAGAAGUUAUUUUCUAUGGAUUGAAUCAUACUACCAACUAUAAUGUUGUUGUUUUUGCCACAUUGGAUGAAUACUUCGGACCAGAAAAUCAAAAGAUUGUUUCUACUAAAAAACUACUCCCGUUUAUUGAAUUCAAUUCCACAAGUACAUCUUAUACCAUUGAAAUUGACAUUGUGAAACCGAAGACCCCUGUUGACUCUGUGAAUGUUGAAUUAUUUACUGAAAAUUCAGUCUUUAUCGAAAGGCUUACCAUAUCUUAUGAGGAUGAGCUAUCUGCAGUUUUCCGUCGUUUGACUCCAUCCACAACAUACAUUGUUAAUGUUUAUUCGGUAGAAGAUGUAUUAUUUGGACCAGAAAAUCAGAAAACAGUCAUUACUAAAGAAGCAGAGCCGCUUGAUGAAUUGCAGUUUAAUGCUGCUUCAACUUUUAACACCAUUGUAAUUACUAUUGAAAGACCGUUUACUGAAUUUGUUGAAUUAACUGUACGACUUACACCCCCUGAAGGCAAUGCUACGGAAAAUAAAAUAUUGCCAUCCGAAGAUCCUUUGGCAACAACGUUUAUCGAUCUAACACCAAAUACAGAAUAUUUCAUUGAAGUAGAAGCGGAAUAUGAGGACGUUCCCAUAUUACCAGCUAAUAGAACUGUGCGAACUGAUCCAGAUUUAAUACCUGAUCUGCCUAGCAUAGAAUUUGAUACUAUUGAAACAUUCACAACUAUAGAAGUUAUUAUUGAGAGACCUAAUGUUACAGUGGAUGGAUUCAUUGUAGAACUCAUAUCACAUGAGGAGCUUCGAGAGGUUGAAACCAUUGAUUUUGCUGAUGAUCCACUCACUGUAGGAUUUGAUGGUUUAACUCCUGGUGUAAACUAUAGAAUUGAGGUGCAACCGAUUUUGAAUGAAAUCUCAGGAGAUAAGACAGUUAAGAAUGUGUCCACAAAUUCACUUCCAUUUGUUGAUUUUGAGGCGACAACCACAACUGCCAAUGCUAUUAAAAUAACAAUUGAAAAACCGAUUCUGCCAGUUGAUUAUGUUAUGGUUGAGUUGCUGGACAAAAAUCAGAAUCUUAUUCAAAAUCGGACUUUGCCAUAUGAAGACUUACCACCUCAAACAUUUUCUGGAUUGUCUCCUACUACAAACUAUGUUAUUGUUGUAUACUCUACAUUGGAUGACUUUUAUGGGCCGCCUAAUGAACAACUGUUAAGCACUGAUGAUCGUGACUGGUUUGUUAAUACUACAAGUUCUGAAGUGAUUGUUACAAUAGUUGAUCUUCCUGAUCCAACUCCAGAUGGGAUUUUACUUGAAUUGUUUGUCCAGGAAAGUGGAUUAUAUAUAAAGGAGGAACCAGUUUCACUGAAUGACACUAGUCAACCUGUUAUUUUUGAUGAAUUGUUGUCUGGAUUCAGUUAUGGCAUUACCUUAUCUUGGAUAAAAGGAGGAAAAGUGACAAAAGAAAGUGAAAAUGUUACAACAAACCCACCUGCAAAACCAGAAAAUUUAAUUGUUACUAACUACUCUACAAACCACAUCACCUUAUCAUGGACAAGAGAUCACUCUGUUACAAAGUAUAUAACUUCAAUUCCAUAUUUUGAUGGAGAAGAAAAACUCCUCAUUUUGGGUGAAAUACCACAAGUCAAUGGAACUCAAGUAGUUGCAGAUACCAGCAACAGCGACCAAAUGGUAUACACAUUCUCUGACUUGCCUUCUGGAUACAUGUACGAUGUUAUUAUUACUCCUGUUGGUGAUGAUUUGUUGUCUGGAGAACAAGCUGAGAUUUCACAAAGAACAACACCUGAAAGUGUUACUACUGCAGUACUCGUAACAACUAGUAGCAAUAUUUCACUGACAUUCACACCAGCAAACGGAUAUAAAGAUUAUUACUUGCUUACUUUGUGGGAUGAAGAUGGAGUGGAAGUUGAUAGUGCAAAUAGAUCGGCAGGGGAAGAAGAUGUUGGCACCAUUUUCAGUAAUGAUAUAAUAUCAGAACACAAUUAUUUUGUUGUCAUUGUAACCGUAGCUGGAGCUUUGAGAAGUGCAGAAACUGAUUUUGAGGCCACAACAGAACCUGAAUCGACCCCAGAUCUUCCUAUAGUAGAAUUCAAUACAAUUGCCUCAUUUACAACUAUAGAGGUUGUUGUUGGAAGGCCUAUUGUUUAUGUGGAUGGAUUUAUUGUAGAACUUGCAACAGAUGAAGGACGACUCGAGAUCCAAACUAUUCCUUCGACAAACGACCCACUUACUACAGUAUUUGAAGAUUUAGAUCCUGGUACAGAUUACAGAGUUUAUGUUCAACCAGUUUUAGAUGAAAUUGGAGGAGAUAUGAGUGUUAAGAAUGUAUCUACUGAAACACUACCAUUCAUCAACUUUACCAGCCAAACAACUGCAUAUAGUAUCUUGGUCGAAGUCGAAAGACCAGAAAUUGAUUUUGAUAAUAUUACAAUUGAACUUCAAGAUGACGAAGCUGUAUUGAUUCAAAGCCUCCAAUAUGAAGUAAUUUCUCCAACGUUCUCUGGUUUAACUCCGUCAACGGACUAUUUCAUUGUUGUAUACUCUACAUUAGGGUCUUUCAUUGGACCUGAAAAUCGACAAUUGGUUACUACUGAUACUACUGAUGAAUUGAUUCAAUUCAAUGCAACAGCAAAUGAAACAGCAAUUGAAGUGAAUGUUGAACGUCCAAUAGCUGAAUUCUUGUUGCUAACUGUUCGUAUAACUUAUCCAAACAAUGAAACUCGGGAAUAUGAAAUUUUACCAACAGAUGAUCUAUUAACUGCAACCUUUGUUGAUUUAACGCCAGAUACUGAAUAUGUUAUAGAUGUAAUUCCUAUAUAUAGGGAUGUUCCUAUAUUACGAGGAAAUGAAAUUAUUAGAACUGAAACUGAAUUGAGUUCAGAGCUGCCUGUAGUAGAGUUCAAUACAAGUGUAGGAUAUACAUCUAUAGAGGUUAUCAUAGAACGUCCAAAUAUUACUGUGGAUGAAUUUUUUGUCGAAAUUAUGAAAGAUGGUAUUACAUUUGAGUUAAAGAUUGUUCCUUCUAUUGAUGAUCCUCUCACAACUGUAUUUUCUGGCUUAACACCGAAUACCAAUUUCAACAUUAGUGUCCAACCAGUAUUGAAUGAUGUUUUGGGGAGAGAUAUGAUUAUCAAACAAGCGUCCACUGUUCCACUUCCAUUAAUUGAAUUUGUUACAAUAACAAGUAUGUACUCUGUGGAAGUUAUAUACAGAAUACCAACUAUACCAGUCGACUAUAUUAUUCUUGAUUUAUUGGAUGCUGAGGAUAACCUUGUCAAAAACAUAACAAUCAUAUCUUAUGAUAUGAUGAGGUCAACAAAUGAAAUAUUUUAUGGAUUAACACCGUCAACUAACUACACUGUUGUUGCUUAUUGCAAAGAAUUUGUAUUUUAUGGACCUAAAAAUCGAUCUUCUGUAACAACUGAUGAUGAAAUCAUACUGGAAACUAUUGAGUUCCAAGCAAUAGCGAGAGUAACAUCCAUCGAAGUGAAUAUCAAACGACCAGCUACUGGUUUUGAUACUAUAACUGCUGCUAUCACGUUUCCAGAUGGAAUCCGAUAUGUAAGCCCUCUUGUGCCAAGCGAUGAACCGUUGACAAGAACAUUUUAUGAUUUAACACCAGAUACUGAAUAUUUUGUUGAAGUUCUCCCAGAUAAUUACGAACAACCCAUAUUACCAGCUAAUGAAACUGUUCGAACUGCCCCUAUUGACGAUCCUUACUGGUCUGUGGAAACAACAAGUUCGGAAGUCAUUGUUACAAUCAAUCCAAAUAUUACCGAUCUAAGUAUUGAUGACAUUCGUAUUGUACUCGUUACUCAAGAAAACGCAUAUCUUGUGGACGGAGAACAAAUAACACCUGAUGGAGAUUAUCAACCAGUUAUAUUUGAUGGACUGUUAUCUGGAUUUAAUUAUCAAGUUGUUGUAACAAUCGACCGAGGUUUUGGAAAAACUGAAAGCUCUAGGAAUGUUACAACAGAUCCACCAAAAAAGCCGGAAAAUUUGACAGUUACUGACUAUUCUACAAAUUACAUUACAAUAUUGUGGAUGAGAGAUCCUUCUGUAACAAAAUAUUUAACUUCUAUUCCAUUAUAUAUUGGAGAAGAACAGCUUACAAUUUUGGGGGAAGUAAUGCAAAUUGAAGGACCUCAAAUAGUUGCAAAUACCAGUAAUAGCGACCCAAUGGUUCAUACUUUCUAUGACUUGCCUGCUGGAUAUCAGUAUGAUAUUAUUAUUAUUCCUGUUGGAGAUGAUCAGAUUCCCGGACAAAAAGCUGAUAUUUCACAAAGAACAAUACCGAACAGCGUUACUGAUGCAUCAAUUGAAACCGGUAGUCAAGACAUAUUAAUGACGUUCACACCGGCAGAAGGAUAUAAAGAUUAUUAUUUGAUUACUUUAUUGGAUGAAGACAAAAAUGUCGUUGACAAUGCCAAUGUAACUGAAGGGGAUGAAAACUCUCUUAUCACGUUUAAUAAUGAAAUCAUACCAGACCACAGCUAUUCUGUUUUUAUUGAAACUGUAGCUGGGACAUUGAGAAGCAAUGCAACUGAAUUUAAUGCUACAACAGUCCGUAUUAUUGAUCCUGACUGGUCAGUGGAAACGACUAGUUCAGAAAUCAUUGUAACAAUUGAUUCAAUUAUUACUGAUCCAAGUAUUGAUGGUAUUAGUAUUAUGCUGUUUACUCAAGAAAAUGAAAUCUUUGUUAGCGUGGAUCAAAUUGCGCUAGAUGGAGAUUAUCAACCCGUAGUAUUUGAUGGACUGCUAUCCGGAUUUGAUUAUCGUGUUAUCGUAUCAACAUACAGAGAUUCUAGGGAAAGUCAAAGUUCUAGAAAUGUUACAACAGACCCACCAACUAUUCCUGAAGACUUGACAGUGAUUGAUUUUACUACAAAUUACAUCACAAUAUCCUGGAAGAGAGAUCCUUCUGUUACGAAGUAUUUAACUUCAAUUCCAUUAUUCAUUGGGGAGGAAAAAUUGGUCCUGAUUGGUGAAGUGAUGCAAAUAAAUCAAACACAAGUUGUUGCAGAUACUAGUGACAGUACCGACUUGGUUCAUACAUUCUAUGACUUGCCUGCUGGAUAUAUGUAUGAUAUUACCAUAACUCCUAUUGGCUCUAACUCAAUACCAGGAGAAGCCACAGCCAUAUCACAACGAACAAUACCAAAUGCUGUUCCGUUUGCAACAAUUGAACCAACAAGUAGUUAUAUUUACCUGAAUUUUGAGCCUGCAGAAGGAUAUAAGGAUAAUUAUGUACUGUCUUUGUUUGAUAAAGAUGAUAAUGAAAUUGAUUCUACAGUUGUAUUAGCUGGGAAUGAAAACAACAUCAUCUACUUCACUAAAAGUAUAUUGCCGGAACACAGUUAUAAUAUUGAAAUUGUGACUGUGGCUAGCAGCCUUAGAAGUCAAGAAGCUGUAUUCAACACCACAACAGGUGAAAUCGUCGACCUUAUGACUACAACUGAUUUAACUCUAACAACCAUCAGCAUGAUACCUGAUACUACAAAUACUAGUAUCUACACUGAAACAAGUGCUAUUUUUACUACAACAACUAAUAACAUCACUGAGACAACUGAAAGUACCACUGACACCACAGAUUAUGUUACAACUGAAACACUACAACCAACCAACUACUUUACAUUACCACCUGUUGAAGAAACUACAACUUGGGAACCUACGACUUUAACUGUCGCAACAACGUCAGCUACAAGUUAUUCAACUCAAUCUAUGCCUGGGGUUGUGACAACAUCUGAAUUACCACCUGAAACGACUGAAUACUUUACUUUUCCAACUGAAAGUGACACGUCUACCUCCGAAGUUAUAGAUACCACAUCUAAUGCUUUUACAUCGACCAAAUCGAUAACUGUAACAACUGCAUCAUCCACAACAAUAGAAGAGACAACUGAAUGGACUACUGUUUUUGAAGGCACAAGUGAGGCUGCUUCAGGUGUCUCCACUACCAAAGGCAUGGUGCAUGAUACCAGUACAGCUUAUGCUUCUGCUACCAUUUCUGAUCAACCAAAUACUACCAGCUAUGAUUUAGUAAAAACAACUCAUCCUCGCCGCAAAAAUAUUACAAUACCGCCUCCCCCACCACCUCUUCCCCCUACUCCUCCUCCCCCAAGUUUGUGGACUGUCACUACUAAAUUUUCCACAGCUUCAGCUACCACUAUUACCACACCUGAACCAACUACUAGCUCUAGUACCGAAGAAGAAACAACGGAGGAACAAGAUUUCACAACUCCAAGUAUUACAACAACAGCGGAUAUUACAACAGAUGAAAUUACUACACCUCAAGUUGAGACAACAGCAAAACCAUCGAGGCGCAGGCCACCUCCCCCACCACCUCUUCCUCCUCCUCCACCACCUCACACAAAAUGGAGGAUCAAGAAAGAUAUCACCAGAACAUUGUAUGGAAAAUUUGUAUUGAACUUACCAUCAGCUGGUGAAUAUGAUCAAACAAAAGCAGAUGAAUUCAAGAAAGAAUGUGAAACCUAUAUUCCUGAGCUAAUGGAGGAAUUUGGUGAUUUUGUUGACAAGAGAAAGAUAUCGGAUGUUGACGUAUAUGAUCAAUGGUUUGAAAAACCUGAGGACCUUGUUGUGGUUUUUAAAUUUGUGAUCAAGGAACCGGGGCCAAAUUUCACAUCCGUUGAUAAUCACACAGAAGAAUAUAGAAACUUACUGGCUAACGAAACAAUGAUUCCAUUAUAUGAUUUGUCGAGUUUAUCUCCAGACUUUGAAGAAUGCGUUAUACUUGAAUAUCCUCCUGAGCGUCCAAUUUAUGAAGGAAGGAUAUUUGUUGGAGUUAUCAAUAUACAAUUACCUGAUGAAUCUUAUCAAGAAAUCAACAAAAACAAAUCUGACGUAUCCAGCUUUUUAUCACAAGAUAUAGAAUCUAAAUUGAAAGAUUUCAUCAACGAGCAAUAUAGAUUGAAAAAAGAAAAUAUGGCAGGACCAGGAAUUUAUGAUUUUGAAAUCCAAUAUUAUGAAGACAAGGAUCCAGAUAUGGCUGCUCACUUUAUUAUGACUAUGAGAGAGAGUGAUGAAGAUGAACCUUGUUACAUUGAGAAAGUUAUCAAUCAAGCUAUUGAAAACAACACACAGAUUGAAUAUUUCAGUGUCGUGGAAGAAUCAUUUAGAGUCGACGGUCGACGACAGUUUAGUGGAUAUGCAAAUAUUACUGAUCUUACUGAAGGAUACGUCAUAACAUCUCUGACUGAAUCACAGGAUGCUUUCAAAACUACUGUCAGAGUAGCGUUGAGAAAGACCUUCCGAACAUCUUCUUUCCCUGAGCAAGUCAAUAGAAGAGUGAAGUGGAAAUAUGACGGUGUUGAGGGCCAGGCCUCCAAUACAAGUCUGGUGCCACAUUUCAGUGUCACCACCUCUCCUAAUGAGCAAGUGGUGCCGAUGAGACUUGUUACAUUAGUUGGGUAUGGAUUCCAGGCAUAUUUAUUCAACUUUGACAAAAACAGUCUUGUCAUUGAAGGAUCUGGUUUUAUUUCAUCAAGAACAAAGCAGGAUCGAUAUUGUGAUGCAAAACCCACACCAGUCCCAAUGGAACAUUACUACAUGACCUUCAAUCUUCACGUCCCACCGCCUGAUGUUUAUGCGAUCGCAAGGAUUCCUUCGUCUGAUGAAUAUAAAGACAUUUAUCAGAUCUUGUCACAAUUUUUGGAUGAAAUAUAUGGACAUAUGAACGAAACAGCUGUUGUGCAAUUGGACUAUUUCGAACCAGAUGCAAUGCCCAUGUCACGCAUCAUGGCCCAUAUUUCUGUUCAAUCGCCUGACAACAUAACUUCUGAAAUAGCUGAGAUUUUCUACAAUCCGACUGAUGAUCACGAGAAAAACAUUUCAGAUUUUCUUGACAUUGACCAGGAUUCGUUUACAACUGAUGUUAAAAGGACCUUCGUUGGAAGCUUAACAAUACAAGAUGUACCUUUGGAAGAUAUUUUAUUGCUAAAUAGUACAAAUCCUGAGGACCAAUCAUAUUUGAAAAACAAAUUUGCAACAAUCAUAACUGAACUAGCAACAGAAGCUGGGUAUAGCAUGCAAACGUCUAUAGAAGAUAUGUUAGAUCGCGGUGAAGAUGAAUUUUUUGGUAAUGGAUGGUUAACUGAAAUCUUAUAUUACAUGGAACCUACUGAAGAUGAAACAUCAUAUCUUACACCUGAAUUAUUACAAAAAGAUCUGGCAGAUACCCAAUUGGAAAUUAAUAAAAACGCUCUAGAUGCAAUGGGCAGUAGAGUAUCAUAUGAUACUAUACUUGUAUGGCCAGCUAAUGAUGUCAUUGGACUUGGAGUUCCAGGUAAAGUCAACCUCACUGAUGUAAAUUAUGAAGAUAUUGUGUCUAUGUGGGUUAAUCAACAUAACACAACAGCUUAUACAACAGUAGCAGAAGAUUUGGAUUCACUCAUUAUUGAAGCUUUGAAUAAGACUACUAUCAAUACUUUGUUCAACUUAAGUACUAUAUCUGUUGACUAUCCCGAACCAAGUGAAGAUUCGAUUUCCAGUGUUAUGAUUCAUUACAAAGUGAGAAAAGCAAACAAUCUGAAUCCAGAUUUCAUUCCUGCCUUCAUGGUCAAAGAAGAAAUGGAAGAAAUUCUUAUAGAGCCCUUCCUUGUUUCUACAAAUACUGUGGGAGAAAGAAGAAAAUUCUGGGGAUUUGCUUCACUGGGUAAUGCUUCUUCUCUUCCCACAGAAAAACAAACAAUGAUUCAAUCUUGGGUGGAAGAACUUCUGGACAACAUACCAAACGUAUACCAUGAAGACAUCAAUGUGACAUCAAUUGAUGAGGAUGAAAAUAUGCUUUACUUUGAUAUUGUUAUGGAAUAUUAUGAUGUCAGUACUCCAGAGAUAUUGAAAGAUGUAUUCAAUGCAUUUUCUGAUGAAAGUAUACUUCAUGACAUUAUACCUGCAAGCUUUGAGAUCUUUGCCGGUCAUUUACCAACAAAACCAGACAUGAGUGUACCUGUGUCCUCAACUACUUCCCCUGGUACAGCAAAUACAACCAUGGACAGCGAAACAACUACAAUUUCUGAUAAUGGGACAACUCCAACCACAGUCUCUGAUGAAACAACACCUUUUACAGACAUUAUCCCUACUCCACAGCCGGCUGUGUGGUUAAAUGGAAAAUUUUCAUUAAUAAAUGUUCCUUCUGCUGAGGAUAGACGAACUUUGAUGUUAGAUCCACAGAGCUUUAUACAUAUUCGCUAUAUCGAAUACACAGAACUAAUGAUUGCCAACAUUUUCGAGAACACAUCUAUAUAUGGUUUUGCUCAAUAUUUUGCUCCGGAAGAAGAAAAUAAGAACGAAGGAUUAACUUUACAUUUUGGUUUGAUGAAGUUUGGUGGCUCAAUCAAUCCAGAAGAAGCCGAAAAUAAUUUAACAGAUUAUUUUGUAGAUGAUCGCUUUCUAGACUUCAGCUAUAAGCCAGAGACUGUUGAAGUCGGAAUUAAGAGAGAGUUCUUUGGUGAGAUGUAUCUGACUGAUCUACCCAGUACUGGAUUCCGUGGUAUAAUGCACAAAGAUUCAAGUGGAGCUGAAGUUCUAUUUGGUGCCAUACGAACUAAAUUACUCGAAGUAUACUCUGAAGUAAUUGAUGAUCAACCAACAGCUUUCCUACCUGAUGGAAUGGGUUUUUCAAUGAAACCUGCAGCAAAAAUUGAUAAUAUUGAAAUCUUGAGAAUUUACUUCUAUGGCGAAAAAAAGACAGAAGUUCACUUCAAAGUAACAACGGCCAUCAAUGAAAACAUCACACCAUUUGAUAUGACCGAACAAUAUAGAUUCUACUUGGUGAAUGAUAACAAGUUUUCUAUUCAAAUAUUUGAGCCAAUCAUCGAAUAUUCUACCCUCAAUAUCAGCGUUCUUAUUGAUCCUCCAUUACCUAAAAAUUAUUUUAACGGAAAGAUUGAAUUCACCUUGCCUAUUGAUGAUCUUGAUUUCUUCCCAAUGGAUGCCAUGACAGACAAAGACAGUUACAGCUAUAACUGGAUGAAAAAUAUUUCUGAAAAUGCUCUUUCUGCUCCUAUAUUUCUUGAUGGUUACUCUAUUGUUUCUGUGGAUUAUUUUUCCCCAACGGAAAACGAUAGUGUACUUGAUGUUAAUUUUGGAAUCUGGUCAACUGUAAAUGAUCCAGAAACAGUUGAAAUAACGUUCAACACAUUUGAAGAUGAUAAUUUGAGACCAAACACAACUGAUAUCAUAGUAAAGCGAUCUUUCCUUGGUGAAUUGUAUCUGCCUGACUGGACAUUUUUGGAUUUAUUUGGAUCUUCAAUCGACGAAAGGAAUCCAUUUUUCGCUGUUUUAGAACCAAUUCAAGAUAUGUUGCAGGCUUCAUACAACAAUGCCAGCCAACCAGAAGAACAGAUUGAAGAUCUUAAAUUAACAAAGAUCUACUUUUAUGAUAUAUAUAAAACAGAAGUUCAUUUCAAUCUAACAAUGAAAGAAAAUGAUGGAUCAAAUCCUUUUGAUAUGACUCUCAAAUUCAGGGAAUUGUUGAAGAAUGAUAAAAUGCAAUUUUUAGUUGAUGAUUCAACAUACGCAGACAUACAAGUGGAUACAUUCAAUAUAACAGUUAUUUUGGAUGAACCAACUCCUCCUGACUCUGAUGAUAGGAGCACAGGUGUACAAUUUGCAGGAGAAAUGACAUUCCCAAUUAUUCUGAAUACAGUGGAUUGGAUUGAAGCAAGCAAAAAUAAUGAAAGUGCUAGUUUUAUAAUACAAGCACUUUUGAUGACUGACGUGUUUGAAAACUUUGAUCUCGACAUCAAACUUUUGCAUUUCUCUCCAUUUAAUGGAACUGAAAUGGGUUUAACUACUCAUUUUGUUAUCAAUUCUACAUCAACAACUGAUCCAUCUGAUUUGCAAAGAAUAAUACAAAGAUGGGGAAUCAAUGUGGCUAGCCCUGAAAAUUUCAUACCACUGUCAGUGAUAAUUCCAUCGAAACGAGAACUGUACUUUGAAAUUGAUUUGAUGGUUGAAAACACAACAGCACGAGAUGUUGAAAACAACGACACUUUAGCAGAAUCUUUUGCGAAAGAAAAUAUCGUUUCAUUCCAACUGACAAAUUUGUAUAUAGAGGACGUCAUAGCAGAUUUAAUGUUGAUCAAUGUGUUUUUGGAUAUGUCUGUAGCAAGAUUGAUUCCAAUAGAAGACAACAAAGUUAAGUUAGUUGCUGACAUCGAUCUUCCAUACAAUGAUUUACUGGAUCCAUUUGAAACUACAUUAUUGAUGCGACCGGUUUUGAUUACCAAUAGAUUUGUAUUACGUUCAGGGGACUGGUCGUUUUUACCAGAUACAGAGACAGCAAAUAUCACAAGCUAUGUUGAUGCUCCUGAUAGAUAUAAAGAGACAGAUCCAAUUACUGCUGUGAGCAAUGGAAAAUUUGUAACUUGGAAUAGCGAAGAAGAUACUUACAAUAGAUACAAUAUCAUGAAAAAUGAUACCAGUGAAGAUUUUCUAGAAUUAAAGAAAAUGUCUGAGGACUUGAUUUCCAGUGUUUUGAAUGAUACAAACGCUGUGGUAUUCCUUCAGUAUUUUUCACCUGCAGAAACUGAAGAUCUAUUUACUGUUAACUUUGAAAUAUUCUGGCAUGGAUCAAGCCUGGACACAGUUCAAAAUGCAUUUGAGCUGCUUUUGAUGGAACCUGAUUCACUGGAACUUGAAAUAGAGAGAGAAUUUCUGGGUGAAAUGAUUUUGCUUGGAUUUCCUUACCUAAAACAACUCGGAUGGUCUGUUGGAAGUGAGAGUGGAGCAACCACAGAAUAUUUUGAAAAAUUUAGAGAAAAACUUCUUACUGUUUACAAUAAGACAAUCAAUAUCACAAUUGAUGGUGAAACGAAUGAAUUGGAUGUCAUCAAAAACAUUGAAAUUACAAGGAUUUAUUUCAUUGACGAAUCCAAAACUGAAGUUCAUUUCAAAGUUCUAAUGGAGAAAAAUAGUUUGAUGGAUCCAUUCAAAAUGACAAAACAAUACAGACAACUUUUAGAAAACGACUUUGAAAUUCCAAGUAUCUCACCAUCACCAGAAAUUGAAAUUGACACCUUCAAUAUCACGGUUAUUGUGGAUGCACCACCACGAAUGCCUGACUCGAAUCAUUUCAAUGGGAAAUUUAUGCUUUCAAAUAUUGGUGACAAUGUUGAUUUACGAAAAGCAAUGUUAAACAGAACAAGUGAUGAUUUUAAAUACAUGGAGGACACAGUGGCAAAUAUCUUUUCUGAUGUAUUCCACAACGUGACAAAAGCAGCAGCGUUUACACAAUAUUUUUCACCUGGAGAUAAUCAGGAUGAGCUUGUGUCACAUUUUGAGAUAUUCUGGCCUACAGAUGACCCAGACUCUGUCAGGGAAAUUAUUGCGGUAUAUUCAGAGCAAGAAAGCAUAAUAAAACUUGAACCAGAAACAGUUGAAAUAUCCAUUCCUCGAAAAUUUUUGGGUGAAUGUGUUUUAUAUGGAACACCAAGUUUGUUGGAUGAUUCUAAUCUGAAUUGGAUUGUGGAUGAAACCGAUGAGGCCGCAAGAGAACUUUUUGAAAGCAUGAAGAACAAACUUUUAGAUCUAUAUAGCAAAAAAGAUGAUUCAUUAGGAAAUGUGGAGGACAUUAAAAUCACAAAAAUGUAUUUCUAUGAUGAGAAUGAAACUGAAGUUCAUUUUGAAGUUUUUAUGGCAAAGAAUGACGUUGCUGACCCAUUCAAAAUGACUGAACAAUAUCGAGAUUUAUUGGAGAACAACAAUACAGCUUCAGAAGUAUUUGCCGAUGCAACAAUUGAAAGUUCAACAUUUAAUAUAUCGGUUCUCAUUGAUCCACCAUAUCAAAAACUACCAUUCUAUUACAAUGGAGAAAUUGUAUUCAUUACACCAAAUCCAUUUCUAUCUGGUGAUGUAUUGACUGACCUUGAUGUAAAUAUUCGACAAGCAUUAGUUGAUAGAAGAAGUGAGGACCAUAAGAAAUUGAUGGAUGCUGUCCAGGAACUGAUUGACACAUAUUUCGUCAGUCGCUUGGGUGCAGAUGGAGUGUUCCUUAUACAACCUGAUUAUUUUGGUCCCUACUCUGUUACCAUCGUUGAUGAAGAUAUGUUUUCUCUGCAAUUUGGCGUGUGGUCACGAACAAACUCUACAAAUACUAUAAAGGAGAUGGUUGAACUGUAUGGAUCCAAUUCUGAUGAAUCACCUGACAUUGGUUAUUACUCCGGAUCAGCUGAAAUUGGUUUGAAUCGUAGCUUUGUGGGAGAACUGUACCUUUUUAAUGCAACACAGCAGUUGGGAAUGAUGCUCAAUGAUACAGAUGAUCUGAAUAAGUACUCAUUGUUAGCAGAGGAGUUAUUAGCAAUAUAUAAUGAAGAUGUGGUGGAAUCAGGCCAAAUUCAGGAAAUAAACAUUGACAGAGUUUAUUUCUAUCAAGAAGAUAAAACAGAAGUGCAUUUCUCUUUAACGAUGGGAGAAAACUACCCAGCGAAUCCAUUUGAAAUGACAAGAAAAUUCAGAAAUAUACUGUUUGGAGAAGAAUACAUUCAGCUAUCAGAUGAUGAAAUUGUCAAUAUAGAAGUGAACACUUUCAACAUUUCAGUUCUUUUGGAUAAAGAUAGUUUGGUUAAAAAAUCUUACAGUGGAGAGAUUGGAUUAAGCUCUAUAGAGGUUAAUGUUAGUUGGGUUGAGGCAUGUGUCGAUCAGUAUUCUGAGAGCUUUAUGCUGCAAAAAGCGGCAGUUGAAGAAAUGCUUAAUCCGAUUAUUGUCGGCAUAGAAAAUAUUCAAACAAUUGAAGUUCAAUAUUUUGCACCUAAUGAGUUUGACAAUAAUACAAUGGGUUUGACAGCUCAUUUUGUCAUUAAGACUCCAAUAUUUACUAGGGAUGGCGAUUACUUUGAACAACAAAUCGUCAAUUCCGGCAUUGCCUACGAAUAUGCUAUAAUUCCAACGACAAGAGAAUUCUUUUUUGAAGCGCUUUUGGAAAUGAAUAAUGACACUUUCUUUGAUGAGCUACAGUCUAAAAAUGUUACUCUGCCAACUCCAAUAUUGGAAACAUUCUCAAAUGAUAUCUAUGUAGUUUCAGAUAUAGAAUCAGAAUUGCAAAUUGAUACACCCAGCAUCACACGAGUUGGUGUAAACCUUUUGAAGAUUGUCAACAAGAUAUACAUGCCAAUGAAUUAUUUGAAUGGCCCAUUUAUGCUUACAAGGCGACUACGGGACCAAAUGGCAACGCAUGAUUUUGAUGUUAAAGAUUUUGAUGCGUCUUUCAAAGAAAAUGUUAACAUUACAACUUACGUCAGUGACUUUGGACUCAUUACAUUCAAUGGAAAGAUAUCUUUCCCCAACCAUGAAGGAGAAAGUUUGAGCUGGGUUGAUGCAAGUAAAGACAACAAUAGUAAUAGUUUCAACAUGCAGUUGGAGCAUUUGAACGAUGUGCUCCUUCAUACAUUCUCUGAAUAUUCUGAUUAUUCUAUCACAUACAAACCGCAGUAUUUUUCACCAUAUUUCGCUGAUGAUGGUUCUGUCGGAUUAACUGGAUAUUUUCUUUUGUUGUCACCUGUAUACAAUCCUGUAGAAUUAGAAAUGCAGAUCAAAUCCAUGUCACAGUUCUUUGUGGAUUCUGAUAAUGAAUUUGUCAAUGACAGUGUUUCCAUUCUUACACCACGUCAGCUGUACUUUGAAGCAUAUUUGGAUGUGAGAGAUAUAGAGUUGCAAUAUGCUCUAUUAGAGAAGGACGAGGUUGCUUGGAACAAAUUUUCUGAAUUGUUCUAUUACGUGGAAUAUAAUUUGAAGACUAUUACAAACAAUGCCAACUUUACUAUUGAAAUUGAUAGAUUUGAGAUUGAUCAUGACCGGCUCAAAAUUGUCGCCAAUAUUUCCCUGCCUUCCAACACUCAACUUGAACCCUUCAAAAUGACUGCUGAUCUAAGAGGUCUUAUGAUAGAAGACGACAAUUAUGUAAUUUACUCUUCAUUGUCUGGUCUCGAAGCUGUAUUUGACACUGUCAAUGUUACAUCAUAUGUAUUACCUCCAUAUGUAGAAGGAGAUAUAGUUACCGGAUAUUUCCUCAUUCCGGAUUUGGAAAUCUAUGAAGUUGUGUUAUUAUACAAUGACUCUGACUCGGAUUUGGCAAAAAAACUUAAAAAACAGAUUGAAGAUCCAAUUAGAGAGAAUCAAGAUGAUUUAGAAGAUCCAUGGUUAGAAGAUGUUGAGGUUCAAUAUUUUGAACAUACACCAGAAGGACCAGUAAAGGCUCAUUUUGAAUUAAAAAUUGAUCCCGAAGCUAAUCUCACUGAUGAUGAAAUUGAAGAUAUACUCAAUGAUUUACCAGAUGUUCCAGAUGAAUUCACCAUAGGAAGUCCACGAGAUUUCAUUGGCAAUUUUACAAUGGAUUAUGAUCCAGAAGUUGAUUAUGAAAAUGAAACUGAUCCUACCUAUCAAAAGACUUCUGACGACAUUUCUGAUAUGAUCAAAGAUGCAGUUGCUAAUGACAGUACUGUAGAUAUCGAUCCAUUCAAACCAAAUGACGAUGAUGAGAAUGUACAAGUUGAAUUCGAUUUACAACUUCCUCCUAAUGAUUCAUCAAUUGCACCUGAUCUACAAGAGAAAGCUAGGGAAUAUGAAGAUUUUGAUGGACUUGGAAUCUUGAAAGAUGACAUGAUUAUCAGAGUUCCUGGACCAUUCCUGCCACCAGAAACCUUGACAGCACCUGAAUAUACAGGAUACUUUGUUGUAGAUGGCCUCAGUACAGGACAAGUUGUAGAAACAUGGAAAGAUGUUGAUUCACCGGUCUCUCAAGAGCUUGCAUAUCCAUUGUUUGAUACUGUUGAUGAUCUUCCGUUUACAGUUAAUUUCCAAUAUGUAGAACCUGUGGAUCGUCAAUCAGUGAAACUGCACUUUUUCUUAAAUAAAUUUUUUGAGCCCACGAGUGUUGUCAAUGUAUACUUGGAUUUGAUGUGGACUGCAAAAGCGAAAAACUACACAUUAAAUGACUUGCAACUUGCCAAUAGUCGUAUCUUUGCAGGGCAUGUUGUGCUUACACAGAAUGUUACCGAAGACAAAGCAAUCCAAAGGCUCAGGGAUGCACUUGGAAAUGAUACCAUAGUAGAACCAUUCGAAAAGGGCAAUGAACCAGAUUUAUUAUACUGGGAGAAAGACAUUAGUGAUAUUGUUGAAAAUUAUCCGGAUAUGUCUAGUGGUUUUGGAAAGUGGUGUUGAUACUGGUAGUGGUGUAACCUCUAUUCCAGAAGAAAGUCAACAAUAAUCAGUUUAAAAUAUCGGGUCCUAAAACGAACCUAUCAUGCCAGAUAAAGUCAGGAAGAUUUAACGAGUGCUGUAAUAGAUAACAACAUGGACGUAUUUGAUCCCAAAACAACUGCACGGCAAUAU